CAACAGAUGUCUUUGUGAACCAAUGGUUUUGUCAGCUGCUAGUUCCCAAAAUAUCUUGGAUCCAAUGAUUAGGUUGCAAAGUGCAUGGCUCAAAGGACUGGGGAAGUUUGCAGACAGUGUGUUGGGAUUCUAUCAGCUCGAAACACGCUCUGGAUUCUUGUUACGUAUUAACAGGGUUCUCCCCUUUCUGUAGCCAAAAUGGUUAUUAAAGUCUUCGUAGCCACCGUUGCGGGAUCCACAGCAGUAAGUAUGUUUUUUCAUUAUGCAAAAUCAGAGGUGUUUUUUUUGUUUGUUUUUUUAGAUUUGUAUUUUUUAACAGUUUCUGCUACACAUGGCAUGUAUCUGUUUUCAAAAGAAAUAUACAAAUAUUUGAAAUAACUAUUACAUACCGGGUGUGUGUUUUUACAUUCUAACUAUUUUAUUUUAACACGCUGUAUGUCUUUCUACUUCAGUAUUCCGUAUUAUAAAAUUGCAUGCCCAGUUUUACUGUAAUGUUUGGACAAAUGUUUUUUUUUUUCCCUAAAACAAAAUAGUAAAGGAUGUAUCCUAAGAAAUCUAGCUUUACUCCCUAAAAAAUAAUUGUGAGUUAAUAUAUUUUUUAAGUGUUCACUGUGGUGCUGGAGUGCCUGGGAGGGGGAAGGGUGGCAGUUUCUUUAUAUAUCUAUGGUUGACAGAUGAUCUCAGUUGAAUUCGAGCCUUGUAUUUAGCAAAUACUCAAAGACCGUUCUUGUAGCGCCUGUUCAGAAGGUACAGUAGAAAUGCCAGGGAGUUAAUAGAAAGUUCGAGAUAUUGGCUUGUGUUGAAUCUUAAUGGGAAUACUAAGGGCAAUUCCUAAGAAAUCUUGGUGUAUUGCGUAUUACUAAAUUCAGAACACAACUGCAUCACCUGUGAAAAUAUAUACCACUGUUUUCCUUUUCUUAUAUAUGUGUGUAUGUGUAUAUAUAUUUAUAGUUUGUAUAUUGUAUUUUUGUAAUAUUGUACCCUAUUGUAACAAUGCAAUGCUUUGUGGACCCAGGACAUACUUGAAAACAAGUUAAAUCUCAAUGUAUCCAUCCUGGUAAAAUAUUUUAUAAAUAAAUAAAUAUCACAAAGGGAUAUUUUCAAAAAUAUGAAUCAUUUCUUGACAUUGUUACUUUAUUUUAGCAGCUGUGGAAAUAAGAUGAUCUCUUUAUAAAUUGCACAAACGCACAUGGUGGAUGUGGUUUGAAUUUUUCACUUUACGUAUAUGGUCGUAAUGGUUGUUAUGUUCAUAUUUACAACUUAUGCUGUCCUAUUGUGUUUUAUAACCCACCCCCUCUAGAUUGUAAGCUCAUUUGUGCAGGGUCCUCUCCAACCUAUUGUUCCUGUAAGUUUUUGUAAUUGUCUCAUUUAUUGUUAAAUCUCUACCUCCUAUAAUACUGUAAAGCACUACGGAACUUGUUGGUGCUAUAUAAUUGCCAAUAAUAAUAAUAAUAAUAAUAAUAAUAAUAAAAUGACCAAUAUACAUUUUGCACUUUAUGUAUAUGGCCAAUGUGCUCACACUCACACUCUUAUGCACGUAGUCUGCACGAUCACAUCUUGAACCAUUAUGCAUUUAUGUGCUCACACGUUGCACUUUAUUUAGCCUUUGUGCUCACAUUUUGUACUUUAGACAAAUGGUCAUGUGUUGGUAUUUUGUAUCUACGUUCCCACAUUUUGUACAUGGUUUAUUUGCUCACGUCUUGCACUUUACUCAUAGUUUGCACUUUAUGCACAUCUUGCAAUUCAUUCAUAUGGCCUACAUGCUCACACUUAGCACUUUAUGUUAUUUGCCAAUGUGUUGCAGUUUGUAUGACAUGAGCUCGUUCUUACAUGACAAAGGCAUGUUGCUGAGAUUAUGUACUUUAUUUGCACUAGUCAGUGUUAAUCGCAUUUGUAGUUUGGUUCACUUUAUUUGAGCGAGGUAUGGUUGGUAGAGAUGUCGCGAACCGUCCGCAAACUCCUCGCAAACUCCUAUUAUCUAAUGCCAUAAUAAACCUAGUACCUAAGAAAUACAAUCCCUCCUUCAUAUAAAAAAACUUUAACAACCUAAUGAUACAUAUAAACAUUACCCAAUAAUACCACAAAUAUUAUACAACUCAACUGUAUAGCCUAUAGCCCCCAGUCCUGUCCAAGUAAAACGAUCUAUCCCACAUAAACCAACCAUUAGAGAUGUCGCGAACCGUCCGCGAACUUCUCGCGAACGGUUCGCCACAAGCUGUUCGCGGCGAACUCCGGUCAGCUGACACGUCCCGGCCAAUCUCCAGCAGACCCUCCCUCCCAGACCCUCCUACUUCCUGGACAGCAUCAUCCCGGGACGUGUCAGCUGACCGGAGUUCGCCGCGAACAGCUUGUGGCGAACCGUUCGCGAGAAGUUCGCGGACGGUUCGCGACAUCUCUAAUGGUUGGUUUAUGUGGGAUAGAUCGUUUUACUUGGACAGGACUGGGGGCUAUAGGCUAUACAGUUGAGUUGUAUAAUAUUUGUGGCAUUAUUGGGUAAUGUUUAUAUGUAUCAUUAGGUUGUUAAAGUUUUUUUAUAUGAAGGAGGGAUUGUAUUUCUUAGGUACUAGGUUUAUUAUGGCAUUAGAUAAGGACUGCUAAAGUUUACACAGAGUGUACAUUUUUUAUAUAUUUGAUUAAUCGCCACUAUAUUGCUGAUCAGAGACCAACUGUGUUUGAUUGCCUUUGUACGUACACUGUGCAGUGAUAAUAAAGUUGAAAAUGAAUCUGAAUCAGAAGGAAAAGUUUAGAUAUUGAUGCAGCCUGGCACGAGCCUUUGUAGAUACACAUAGUUCUUGACUAAGCACUAUUCAUGUUUGGAUAACAGUUGGUCAGUCUGGAGAUGAUUCACUGUAAAAAAAUAAAAAAUAAAAUUCCCUUUUCUAACGACGUGAAAAUAAAUACGUUUAAUAACUGUUGAAAAAUACCAAAAAUAAAAAAAUAAUACAUUGAAAAUAAUACAUUGCUAAUUUAUAUGUAAAUUUCUGUCAAUUAUUAAACUGUAAUGUAUUUUUCCACAAUAAGAAAAACAUUGUGUCUAAAAAUUACAUCUGUGAUUAUUUUGGAUCAACAGACUAAUAUUUCAUACAGUGCAAACAUUCCGACUUACCAAACUGCAAACACUUCUCUUCGUUGCUUGGAGUAAAAAGUGAUAAUUUCUAUGCAUUUGUUUUGUAAAAGUUUUAUUUGGUUUGUAAUAGACUGGUUUGCAAAAAUGAAGUUUAAGCAAUUUGUCUGAAUCAAAUUCCUGGAGAUCUUGGAAUGAAUGUCAUCUGUGACUUUUACUGUUAUGUCUAUCAUCUUCAAGAAGUAGUACGUUGUUCAUAGGCCGUAGAAUAAACACUUGGCUUUUUGGGGAUUUCAGCAGAAGAAGAAAGUUGACAUCUAAUGAUUUCAGUGUUUGAAAGCUUAUAUUUCUAAUAGGCAAUAGAGAAGAUUUAGCAAAGUGUUCGUACAAUUUUAAAUGAAUUUUUGGCACAUUGUAUUGUAUUAAAUCUUUUGGAUUUUUUGCUGUACAUUUUUAAUAUACGCCAUUGUAUUGGCAAUACAACGGGUUUAAUAUUUUUUUUUUAAAAUUUGUUGCUACUGUAAAUUUGGACGUUUUCCGAAAUACUAAUUUCUCUGAAUAUUGGCAGAAGUUAUUAUAAAGAAAAUCAUCACUUUUUAGAUUAUUUAAAAAUUAAGUUGAAAUGAAGGGCAGAAUUUAACCAUCACUUUUCAGAAUAUGUGUCCAAAUGUUUCUCUAUCUUUAAUAAGAAUUCUGGGACACUCAAGAGGUGUAAAAUCAAUUUAGAAAAUAAUUGGCAAAUAAUCCUUUUUUUUUAGCUAUUUAUCUAAAAACUUUCUGUUUCUGUUCUAGUGUAACUUAUAACUAGAUUGUAACUUCCCAUGGGAAUAAGCCCUCGCUUCCUCCUAUAUUUGUUUGCCAAAUUUAGUGUUGUCACAGAUGUAUUGCACUUGUAGUAAUUGUACCCAUGUACAGCGCUGAAGAAUGUUUCUACACUUCAUAGAUAAAGUAUAGUCAUAAUAAUAACUCUGACAAACAGAUCGAACCACGCCGUGAAUUCUCCCACAUUUCUAAUACAAUAAAGUUGCAGCUACUUAAAGGAACACUAUAGUGUCAGGAUUACAAACACUACUUAGGCCCCCAGGCCCCUCUCCUGCCUUUAAAAGGUGAGUUUACAUUCAUUUAUUCCAGCACCAGUCUCAUCGUGGCUGGCCACGGGCCACUCCACCUCCUUAGCUAAGAUCAUCAAAUUUGAUGAGCUCAGCUAAUCCAAUGAAUUCCUAUAGGAAAGCAUUGGAAGGCUGUUGAAGUGCAUGUCAAAACGCUGCGCUGUGCCAAUCAGCAUCUCCUCAUAGAGAUGCAUUGAAUCAAAGCAUCUUUACAGGGAGUGUUUUUAGUGUCUCCAUGCAGAACGUAGAAACGCUUAACAUUAGUGCUAUACAUUGUGCAGCACUGACCAAGGAAGCACCUAUAGUAGCUAUCUGAGGAGUGGCCACUGGAGGUAUCCCUAGGCAGUGGUUACAUUAAAGAGUCUGCAGGGACUAACUAUACUCUGGUAUGACCAUGGGGUUCCUUUAAAGACAUUUUAGAAUGCUCGGGUACAUCCUGGGCUCAAAAAAACAUUAGAAAACAGUCUGGCCAUUAAUAAAAAAUGUUUUUAUGCAAAACACACUCCUUGAAUUUUACAACAGUUAUGUUUGAUCAGGUAGGGGUUUCAUGCUAUUUUUGUGGGGGGUUUUGUGCCAUGGUAGGUUCUAUGCUUUUUAAGAGUACCUUGUGUUUGUUUUAUGACAUGUUUAGGAAGCUAAGGCCUUGAUUUAAUUAUUUAGGAUAAGCUUUUCAAAUGAUCACAAUCUGGUUAAAAAAAAUUCUCUUUUUUAUUGCACAUCAAAAACAGGUUAAAAAUAUAUAACUUCAACAUUUUCAGCUAUACUACUGGACUUCUACCAUUCAUUCUGUAGCCCAGGUCCGUGUGCAAUAUUUCACCGAAUAGUGCCUCAAACCCACAAACCAUAUGCUUGGUUUCUUCGUUGCAAAGUCCGUUCGCAUAUUUGGUCCCGAGCUUGAGAUGGCGGCCAUGUUUUUGAGUGAGUCAAUAGGCAGCGGGACCUCGGCAUCAAACUUGUGUAACAAUUAACGGCCAGAGUUGUGCACGAAUCCCCGCUCUCUGGCUGGACGUUUCAGCUGUUCGGGAGACGAACGUAGACCGCCGUGAAGGCGGUACUUAACCUGCGGUUAACCGCAACAGGCAUGUAAGUGCAUACAAUAUCAUGACAAGAUUGAGCUGCACAUUUUUUUUUUAAGUAACCAGGAUGUUUACAUUUGAUCUGUAAUAAAGGGUUGUAUAAAUCAGCAUUUGUGGUAGGCAUAUUUGUGAGAAACAUAAAAGAAAACAUAUUCUUUGCUGUUAAAGCAGGAGCUAAGGUCAUUCAGUUGCUUAAUAACAUAAGACAGAAUUAUAUGGAAUCGAUUAAUGUAAGCUAGGUUAAAAUAAUUGCUGGGCUAUAACCCCACAACAAAACAAACAUAGGGAGGCCCCAGGCCAUUAAAACUACUGCCUUUGGUGGAGUAGCAAAGCAAUCAUAGUGAGCACUAGAAAUAGGUUUUGCGUUAGAGGGCCUGCAUGGGGUUGUUUAGCCGAUGCCUAUUAAUGGUAGGCUUUUAACAUUUGAGGACAUGAGUCUAUCUUUCUGCAUGUGAGGACGCCAACAGUCCCAGAUGUUCCAGGCUAGAUAGGGCAGUUCAUUACCGGGCCCGGUCUCCUCUCCCCAUGGUCUACUCACUCGAUGCUGGAAUAAGCAGGCCUGGGGCAUCUGCGGUCCCACGGUCAUAUGCAGCAGGCUGCCUGAGGGGGAAGCUUUCAAGUCCAGCUGGUUACAGCAAGGGAGUUUGGUUCCACUUGUUCGGGACUUGAGGGAGCUUGUGUGCUCGUGUGCAGGAUGGAGUACAGCUGUCCGUCGCGGCUUCUUCUUUUGACAUCUCCUCUGCCCGGCUACUCUGGGGACACGUGGGAGAUGCUUCAGUUUUCGUCUCCGGUCAGCAGUAUGACCCUGGGGAGCAGGGGUGUGGGUAAGCUCUCGUUCAGAAAGCAUUGCCCAAAACGAUGCACAAAUCCGGUCGAAAGCCUGUAGGAGCGGUUCCACUAGUGUGGAUGAUUGCUGGGAGGUGUCCAGGUUUGCGGGUCUCAGGGGAGCAUACAUAGUGUCUGCUAGGCCUCUGCUCUUGAUCUCUGGUGAGCUGGGUAGUUCGGCAGGGUGGCCAUGUCAGGAUGCCAGUGGGGACCGGGAUAACCCCCGCCGGUCCAAAGGGGGCGGAAACAGGGUCCAGGAGCAGGCUAGCGAAGCUACCAACAAAGUCAGGGGAUCGGCCGCCUCCCCUGCCUUGAGUAUUUCUGCAGGCCUCAGAGAGGUCUCACACGGACUAUGCCUGCUGGAGUCAGGCACUCGUUGGCCAGUCACUUGGCAAGGUUCUCCACAAGAGCCCCAUCAGAAUUUUCAACAGAAACAAGAAGAUUAUGUGGAGAAUUAGGCUUAAAUAAGUUAUUCUGCCGAAGAGCUCCAGCCGCAUGCGGCCAUCUCUGUUGGCUGUCAGGCCCCGCCCCCAAUUUAAUAUUUUUUUUAAUAAACUUCUAAAAUGAAGUCAUAUUAUGAAAAAUAUUUACUUUUUAAAAAAAAAUUAAAUAUUGAUAUUAUGAGCAGCCAAAACAUUAAAACCACUGACAGGUGAAAAUAAUAACAUUAAUUAAUAUUGUUACAAUGGCACAUGUGAAGGAGUGGAAAAUAUUAGGCAGCAAGUAAACAGUCAGUUCUUGCAUUUCAUGUGUUAGAAGCAGGAAAAGGAUCUGAGUGACUUUGCCUAGGGCCAGAUAGUGAUGGUUAGAUGGCUGGGUCAGAGCAUCUCCAAAAUGGCAAUUCUUGUAUGGUGUUCCUGGUAUGCAGUGGUUAGUACCAACCAAAAGUGGUGCGUGGAAGGACAACCAGUGAACUGGUAUCGGGAGAACAAAAACUAGCCCAUCUGGUUUGAUCACACAGAAGGGCUACUGUAGCUCAAAUUACUGAAAAACGUAAUGCUGGCCAUGAAAGAAAGGUGUUAGAACACACAGUGCAUUUCAUUUUGCUACAUAUGCGGCUCUGUAACUACAGAGUGCCUAUGAUGACUCCUGUCCACCACCGAAAGCACAUUCAAUGGGGACGUGAGCAUCAGAACUGGACCAUGAAGCAAUGGAAGAAGGUUGUCUGGUGUGAUGAAUCAUGUUUUCUUUUAGAUCAGGUGGAUGGCCGGGUGUGUGUGCAUUGUUUACCAGGAGAAGAGAUGGCAGCAUGAUGCAUUAUUGAAGAAGGCAGGUCAGCGGAGGCAUUGUUAUGCAGAGGGCAAUGUUCUGCUGGGAACCCUUGAGUCCUGGCAUUUUUUAUAUAUGUUACUUUGACAUGUACCACCUAACUAUAAAUUGUUAAAGAUCAUGUUCAGCCCUUUAUGGUACUGGAUUUCCCUGAUGGCUGUGGCCACUCUAGGCAGGAUAAUGCACCCUGCCACAUUGCAAAGAUUGUUCAGGAAUGUUUGAGGAACAUGACAAAGAGUUCAAGGUGUUGCCUUGGCCUCCAGCUUCCACAAAUCUCAAUUCGAUUGAGCAUCUGUGGGAUAUGAGAUCUGAUCCAUAGAGCCCCCACCUCACAACAGGACUGUAAUGAUUCUGAUGUCAUACAGGGUUUGGAGUUCAGCAGCCAGAUCAGCAAGGUUUUCUGCCAAAAGUAGCUAGUCAUUAGCCAGAUGGUUGAGCCCCUGAGCCUUGAGUGGCUCUCUGGUCUUAAGCAGAGAUGAGAAACUGGGACAGAAAGAUGGUAAUGUAGUAAGGUAAGUGAGGUCAGUGGGAAGGAGAAGCAGCAAAGUCAGAAGGUCCAAAUUCAGCAACGGGUUUAACAAGCUUGAUUAGACUUGAUUAGAGUCACAGGAGCCACACUAAUCUGGCUAAGAUAUAGACAAAAAGUGCCUUUUAUAGGCCAAUAUCUGACAGCUGGCCAGACACAGCUGAAGAGAAUUGGCACUAAUAUCAUGGCAUGUAGAGGCAAGGUCAUCAGAGCUCAGGUAAAUCUGCAAAAUGCAUACUGGCCAACUGGUAAGGAAGAGGACCAGCAACCUAGGAAUCAGGGUUUGAAACCCCACAGAGUCAAUUUCUCAGAAGGACUUAAAUGAUCUGCUGCUAAUGCCUUGGUGCCAGAUACCACAGGAUACUUUCAGAGAUCUUGUGAAGUCCAUGCCUCAACACAUCAGAUCUGUUUUAGUAGUACUAGGGGGAUCUACACAAUUUUAGGUAGGUGUUUAUCAGUGUAUGUUUUGUUAUUUUAAUAUGUUGAACAUUUUAUUUGAAAAGUUUGUUUAAAACUAAAUAUGAAAUCAUUUGGAAAGCUUAUCCAACAAUAUUAAAUCAAGGUCAUAAUUGUGAAAGAGUUUCUUAAUAAUCAGUUAGCAUUUUUAAAUGAUAAACUUGGAUUAGCAAGCAGAACUUGCAAUUGGAACACAGAACAGAUGGUUGCUGAUAAUGGGCCUAUGUACUUCAUUAAAAACAAGCCGUUUCCAACUACAAUAAUUAUCAAUUUGAUGUUGUUUUAAUGGACACCAAAAAACUGUGCCUUUCUUUAAAAGAAAGACAUUUUCUAGUGUAUUUUCUUCAUUUUCUCCUAACUUUUGCUUAUAUCAGAUUCUAUAUAUUUUUUUAAUAUCUUGAUGAUUUUUUUUCGCACAGAUAUGCGAAACACUGAACUUGAUGGACUACAACCUUAUUAUAAUAUAGUAUAUCCAACUAUGGUCUAUGUAUCUAUGCUUUGUAGCUCCCUCAUGUCCUAUGAUUCUAUUUACAUAUAUGAUGCAUUUCUGUCAACUACAUGUUUUAUGAUCCUUUAUAGUCUUCAAAUUGUGUGAAGAUCUAUUUAGCACUACAACAUAUCUAUGACCUUUUUUCAUACUAUGUGGAGCUGUGUGCUUUGUACUUUAUGAUACUUUGAUCAAUAAAUGUAUGGCAUAUCUUUCUACAUAUGUGUAGAUGCAUCCUUCAUGUCCUAUAGUGAUUUUGUCAUAUAUUGUAUAGCUGAUUAUUAUUAUUAUUAUUUUAUUAUUUAUAUAGCGCCAUCAGAUUCCGUAGGGCUGUACAAUGGGUGGACUAACAGACACGUAAUUGUAACCAGACAACUGGACGCACAGGAAGGUGGAGGUCCCUGCUCAAUGAGCUUACAUUCUAGAGGGAGUGAGGUAUACUGACACAAAGGGUAAAAGUAGGGGUACGAAGUAGGUUGUUAGAAAAGUAUUCAUAUAAUGUGUAGCUGUGUGAUUUUUUUAAAUCCAUGAUGGUUUGGUCAUACAAUGUUUUGCAGAUCGGUUACUUUGAGUGGUUGUCUGAUUUGUAAUCAAUAAUGAUUUGAUCAUACAAUAAAUUGCUGAUUUGUUCAUACAGAAUGCAGCUGCCUCUUUCAUGUUAUGCGAUAGUUUGGCCAUACAGCAUAUUCCUAAUUUGUUUAUAGAGUGUAUAUAGAGUGUAUAAAUGAGUUCACGUCCCAUGAUGAUCUGGUCAUACAUUGUGUUGCUGAUUUGUUCAUGUAACAUGUAACUGCGAUUUGUGCUCUAUGGUGAUUUAAUGAUACGUGUUAGCUCUGGGAAAAUGUUGUCAUAUAGAGAGUAGUAGACUUGUGUAGGGUGAGAAAGAUGGCUUCUGACAAAUCAUUGCUUUCAAAGAUAGAAAUUCAGCCGAAUGUCAACUUGCUAAUGGAAUCUCACGAGCAAACCAAGAAGGCACGAAAAUGGGCUAAGCAAUGUUCUGCAAAAUAUAUACAUAUUGUAACAUUAAGUAUAUAUUUUGCAGUACAUUGUUUUGCUAGAUCUACUGAGAAGCAGAUGGAAGGAGCAGUAAAAAAAAUAAAUCCAUCUUUAAAUAAUAUAUAAUUAUGAAAUAUACAAAGUAUAAAAAUAGAUUUAUGUUGUUUACCGCUCCUCCUGUUUUUCCCGCUAUUGGUCACUACUCACGUGAUCUGUGAAUAAAAUUUAGUGACUGUCCGCUAGCCAUCAAUCAAUCUUUUUCGUUUGAUCAUCCUUUAUUGGCACCAUGGACAAAAUGUAGAAUAUUGAUAUCCUCCCUACCACAUAUUUGGCAUUGCACAUUUCAGUUAGUCAAUAAUUGUAGGUUAUGCUAAUGUAGUGUACCUAUAAUCUUAAUUUUAGUAAUGACAGGAAGCUUCAUAUUUUGCAUAUCUUUCUUUACUGUAAACUUCAGCAGCAAAGAUCAAUCAUAAAGUUUAAACCAAUCAGAAUAUAUGACACAAGUAUGUAGCAGGCAGUAUGACCCCACCUCUUCCUCUUUCUUUGGUGUGAGAAGAACAGCUCAGUAAUCAAAAGAACCAUUUGAAGUCAAAACCGAGAUAAAGAACAUGAUCGUUCCCAAAAGUUGAAGAGUAUGCUUAAGCCACUCCGAAUAGCCAGAAGACGUUUGGUUCACACUGAAAAGAACAGAAAACAAUUUAUAGACAAGCGUAAUAGCGAGUUGCCAACAUAAACACCUACAUUGAAUUGAAUAUGUAUAUAUCUAUAACGACUGUAAAAUAAAACAAAUUCACACAAUAUUUACUAUAUAACUAACCCACUCAUAGAAAAUAACCUAGAAUGUCAAAGGAAAAGACACAGCCACAUACAAGCGACAGAGGCAAGAAAAAAUUAAGAUUAUAGGUACACUACGUUAGCAUAAUCUACAAUUUUACCACAUGACAGGAGGCUACAUAUUUUGCAUUUUUAACGCUAAGGGAGUAAAGUAAAAGAAGCAUAGAAGUAGGUCUAAAGUAAAAGACACAAAAGUUUCUUCCCAUGACCAAUCGGUGCAGAGCAUAAUGUCAGUCAACGAGCCGCCCAACGAGAAGGCUCGCAAUGACGAUGUGUCCCUAAUAGAAUGAGCCCCGAAGCACGAAUCUAUGCCAGCUAAUGACAAAAACAUCUUACCCAUCUUACAAGGGUCGCAGAAGAGACCGGUUUAUGUGGGUGUACAUAGGAAAAAAAUAAAUUAAUCGUCCAGACAGAGCCUGGUGCAGAGAAGAAGUAACCUCCACGUAUAGAAACAACGUCUUAACCCAGAUAAAAAGGGUAAAAAAUAAAUUAAAAAUAUAAAAACAAAGUAGUUAGUCUAGUCCGACGCGAAAUAGAAAAAGAAACCCCUACUGUCGAGAAGAAGAUGCCGUCGACAUCCAAGGCCCGAACGUCCGAAGCCUGACGAAAAGGAGACCAUACAAGUAAAAGGGUCAAUUUAGCAGAGAGUUGUGAAGAGACAACAACGGGUUAUCCAACCAAUCCCUCAUGAAUCGAAGGACCAUGUCUACGUCCCAGAACCGAGAAUAUAUCGGAGCAGGUGGACGUGAUAAUUGGAGACCACGAAACAGUCGACAGACGAGCAGGUUUUGCCCUACCGGCAAACCGAGAAAUGGAAUAUGGGCAUCAGAAAUGGCUGAACGAUAAACGUUAAAGGAACGAUAUGAACUACCUAAGGUGAAUAGUUACGUCCGGAAACUCAGUACGACUGGUAGAGAUGUCGUAAAGGGAUCGGGAUCUAUCUCCACACACCAGCUAUUGCACUUGUUCCAGGCAGCAAGGUAACUGCGUCAAGUGCCGGGAGCCCAUGAGUCCUACAAUAGGUCUUCAGUGGCCUACGAUAGGCCGUCGACAUUUCAAGAUCCCCCAAAUUAAUCCAAGAUCAUUUCUAAAUGAUCCUUUAGGAUGAAAGGAUGUGGUUCCCCCAUGGGGUUGGAGAGUAGAAACAGAAAACUUCAGAAGAAGAAGUGGAUGGUCAUAGGACAGUUCCAACAGGUCCGGGAACAAUGCUUGGCUAGGCCACAAUGUUGCAAUCAGUAGCGGUGAGAUCCUUGGUCCACGUAGUUAGUGUAGAACUCUCACCGACAUGGAGCAAGGUGGGAAAGCAUACGCCCCUAGAGAAGGCCAUUCCUGUAAGAAUGUGUCCACCACUUCACAGUUUGGGUCAGGGAGCCAACUAAAGAACCGUGGAAGUUGGCAAUUGGUCCUUAAUGCAAAAAGGUCUAUCACUAGAGGUCCCUUGCAUUCACUCAGGCUCAGAAAAAUUUUGGAAUGCAGAAUCCAGUUGCUGUUGUCUCUCCAGUGGCAGGAAUACCAAUCCACUGUUAGAUUGGACGUGCCCAGUAAGUAUUCUGCCCUCAAGGUAAUGUUGUGAGACAGGCAAAAAGUGUAAGUGUCCUUCAUUGCCUCCACAAGUGCUUGGGAGCUUGCUCCGCCCAGCAUUUUGAUGUACUGGACUGCUGAGAUGUUGUCCAUGCGGAGUAGUAAGCAACAAUCUGACAUGGAUUUUGCCAAGCUGCGUAUUGCAAACGAGCCUGCGAUCAGUUCCAGACAGUUAAUAUGCAGCCCCAUUUCCUCUGCUGACCACGAACCACCGGUGGAGAAGUCCGCGCAGUGUGCGCCCUAGCCCCACAGACUGGCAUCCGAUUCUAACACAAAAUCCAGUCAGGGACCAAUAUGGCUUUCCCAUUCCAGGCCUGUAUGUGCAGUAGCCACCAUCGGAGUUCUGUGUGAAUGUCUGGGUUGAGAGGUACCAGGUGGUCGUAGGAGAAACCUGCUCAGAGAAAACGAGCCUUGAGGCGCUGCAUGGUCCUGUAGAUUGCCUGAAUCGAAGUGGACAGCAGGCCCACAACACGUGCUAGUAGUCGGACUGGGAUCCGGUCCAUCUGGAAAAUUCAUGUAUCUCUUUCCAUAUGGAUGCAAUCUUCAAGAGGGGAGAGAGUAGAACGCAAGAAGCAAAGACUAUCUUGAAUCCCAGAAAUUGGACUACUUGUGUCAGCUCUAGUACUGAUUUUUCCAGGCUUACCAUGAAACCUAAGGAUUCCAGGAAGUCAACGACAAAGUUUGUCCAAUAACAUGGGUCAAAGAAGAUGAGCAAAUUGUCUACCUAUAUCAGACAUUUUACGCCGUGAAAGCGGAGGUGGACCAUGACUGGAUUCAGAAGCUUCGUGAAGCACCAUGGGGCAAAACUGAGUCCGAAAGGGUGGCAGGUGAACUGGCACAUGGCGCCUUUUCAGAGGAGCCUGCAAAAUUUCCGACAGGAAGUGUUACUGACACUGUAUAGGUGUCCAUUAGGUGCUUGAGGAUGAGGCCUAGGGUCAGAGGCCCAGAAGUGGAAGGUGACUCGACCUUUCUGGCUCAGCCCUCUCAAAAACAUCUCUUGGUGGAGCACAGCGGAACACUUGCUCCAUCGAAGCCUGGGCCUUGUUCAAGGUAGUGAAGAGUGAGACAUGCUUUUUAAGCUUGUGGAUGAAGGCCUCACCGAACAGGAAACCAUUGCUGAAGAGCCGAGUUCUUUUAUAGUCAUGUCCAUCAGCGUGGUGACAAUCUGGAGUAAUACAGUUCUGCGCCUUUUGGUACACAAGGUAGCAUUGGAGUUGCCUAGAUGGCAGAUGCUGCGCAGUGCCCACUCCUGAAUGGCCUACGAUUCCCCUAGUGGACAAUCUUGUCCAGAUGAGAAGGCUGAAACCACUCCAAGGAUCUCGGGUGUCAUAUGGUCCUUAGAUCAAAUGUGAGGCAUCCCUGGGUGUCUAGGAAUCACCAGAUGCAGAGUUUUCCACCCGCCAUGCGUCCAAGAUGUCUAGGCCAGAAGCACGGAAGCCAUUGUCUUCCCCAGAGAAUAUCACAGGUUCUGACAUCGCUGGUCAUUUAGGGUGCUUAGCCUUAUUCUUAUUCUUGUCCUAGUGGGGUUUGACCACGGCUGGUGCAUCAGUGUUGGAGACAUCUGAGCCUACCAUGUCAUAAUCACAUGGAGGCAGCAUGCCCACGGCUUGUGAAGAGACCUCAGGAGGAGGUUGUGUGAGGACUUUUGGAGAGUGCCUUCUCCAUUGAUGCUGCUACUGCAGCUCGUAUCAUGGACUGGAAAUCCUGUGGUUGGGUGGUGAGUCACUGAAGUCGGAGUGUAUAGUCCUUCUCACAGCUGUACCAGAUAGUCUGUACAAAUAGGCACCAGAAAAGUUCCAUUGUAUACACUGUAUACCACUCUCUUUAGGUUGUAAAUGGUAUCAUUCGGUCACAAUGGUAUAAAGUACAUUGAAUUGAAGUAAGCGCCUCCAUCUUAAAUCCUGGAUACAGUAGAUAGUGUGAACCACCGAGGUAUACACGUAAGGGUGCCUUUAAUUAAUUAUUAUUAGGACUCACCACCCACAGCCGGUUGAAACAAGCGGCUAAUAUAUGCAAGGGGUUGAUACCCUUAAUAUGGGAAGAUGCUGGAAGUCUCCAUUAGUAAAGGGGGGUUCACCCCUAUAGAAUACCAUAAGGCACAUGGCCAAGAUAGGAUAUAUGGAGGCUCUUGCGGAUGAGAGGACCAGAAAUUAGUAGCCAGUCUGUUAUCUGGCCUGGAAGGAAGUACCCUAGUCAGUACACUCGGGGUCACCCGGUGUAAAUCAAUGUCACCAACCACUGAGACAUGAUAAGUAGGUAUUGCAUAGGAUGUACGGGUUCACCCGCCACUGCCAGUCGUUAUGAGCGGCUUGUAUGUCAAGGGAUGACACCCUGAAUGCUGAAAGCUUUCAGAGGCAACGGGUUGCCCCGAUGCACCCAGUAAGACUGGGUAGGUACCAAGGUAUGUCGGAUCACAGUCUGUUAUGACCACAUGCUGGCAAUCCCUUGGAGAGGGUUAAUGGUACCAAUAGAGGGGUGUACCCAUAUGUGGUUCCUUUCCGUGUGGUGUAUUGGGACAAAUGGGUUCGUCCCAAUUGUACUGUAGGGGUACACCUCUGUGUGCAGUAGUUCAGAUUGCACAGGUAGGCACAUUAAAUAUAUAUUAAAUCCUCACAACUGUAAUUGCAGUGAAUGCAAUAAUAGUUGUUUAUAAAAUUAUAAAUUGUAGAAGCACCUGGUGAGUAGGUGAAAUCCUGCAGGGUCCUGUGAGCAGGUAGUUAAAUUCUGUUUAGCCGGAGAUCCUGGGCAGUCCUAAUCUAGCUCGGUGAAACAGCGAGAUGGCCGCCGUGAAUCUUGCAGCAAAAUGAGAUCCAAAAUGGCUGCCGCGCACAAGGACCAAGCAGGAACAACUCCUACGGUCUGAGCGAGUGGCAAAACACUACCACAGCUACCCCUCUACCCUCUAAUCCCGGCCCAGUGUGCAAAAGCAGUAGAAAAUCUGAGAGGGAGCUAGGCCUAAACUAAAAGGCAGCUCCUUACAGGAUAAAUAACAGAAACAGACACAAAUGUAAAAUAGGGAAUUAAAUAAAACAAAGAGCCAGGCACUCAAUAGGAGGGUAGGACAGCUAGGGAAGGUAAGAAUAAGUAGAAAAUAAAGCAGAAUAGAGUCACAAUAAAGAUCAAACAGUAUAAAUAUACAGAGAGAGCAAAAACCUGUUGCAGCUGAAGCAGCAAAGAAAGAGGAAGAGGCGGGGUCAUACUACCUGCUACAUACUUGUGUCAUUUAUUCUGAUUGGUUUAAACUUUAUGAUUGAUCUUUGCUGCUGAAGUUUACAGUAAAGAAAGAUAUGCAAAAUAUGAAGCCUCCUGUCAUGUUGUAAAAUUCAGGUAUAUUUUGGCUCCAAGCUCAGAAUUUCUACCAAACAUCUGACUAGCCCAAAUCAGCCGAAUCACUCUCAGCCAAUGAACAUCCUCCUGUAUUGGCCAUGUUCUUAUAUCUGUCUUCUCCUGCAGAAAACUAUAUGCAGUUAUUAUUAUGAUCAGAGAUUAUGGUGCUUGGAGUGUUCCUUUAAAUUAAGAAUCCCUGUUCUUCAAAUCUACUCAGUUACAAUAUUGAUUUUGACAUAAAAUUGAUUUAAUCAUAUUGUGCAUAAAGGCAUCCCUCCUGUCCUUUGAAGAUUUGUUGAUACGAUGCACUGCAGAUUUGUUUAUAGGGUGCGCAACUAAGUCCUUCAUGUUGUUUGUUAGUAUCUUUUGCGGUCCAUAGCUUUCUUCUUCAUGGUCUCUGACCCAGUGGCAAAACCAGAGCCUAAUCUCGGGAGGGGCUCUUGUAGAUUAUUUAAAUAAAUAAUCCAUGCACAAUAACCACUACAGCUCUGUGUAGUGGUUAUGGUGCCAGGACCCCUUCCAGAGUAAGUAGUCAAACAGUUUAAGAACAGUUUGACAACUUAACUGGGGUCUGCUGUAAUAUGGGGCUGUAGUAGGGCAUAUGAGCAGUGGUCUGUAUGAGGAGUGCAGUGUGUGAAAGGUUCAGUGUGUGUGUGUGUGUGGGGGGGUGUAGUGUGUGUAUGGGUGGGCAGUGUAUGUGUGUAUGUGAAUGUGUAUGGUGUGUGGGGGUGUGUGUAGAAAUUACACGCAUGGAGGAACUGAGGGGGAAAUGACAUGCAUUGGGGAACUGGGGGAAAUGACAUGCGGGGCUAGGAAGGAGUGGGAAGCAUGGAGGGGCCAUGGGGAGGGUAGGAUGAGAUGUAUAAAGGUGUAUGUGUGUGGGGCAAUGUGUGUGUAGGGGGCAGUAUGUGAAUGUGUAUGGUGUGUGUGGGGGCAGUGUGUAUAUGGGGGCAGUGUAUGUGUGUGUGUGUGGGGAAAAUGUGUGUAUGGGGGCAGUGUAUGUGUGUGUGGGGGCAGUGUAUGGGGGCAGUGUAUGUGUGUGGGGGGAAGUGUGUGUAUGGGGGGGCUGUGUAUGUGUGCAUGGGGCAAUGUGUGUAGGCAGUGUGUGUGGUGGCAAUGUGUGUAUGGGGGCAGUAUGGGGGCAGUGUGUGCAUGGGUCGGCAGUGUAUGUGUGUAGGGGGCAGUGUGCGUAUGGGGGCUGUGUAUGUGUGCAUGGGGCAAUGUGUGUAUGUGGGGCUGUGUGUGUAAGUGUAGGGCAGUGUGUGUAUGGGGGGCAAUGUGUGUGGGGGGGCAGUUUGGUAAUGUGUGGUGAGGAGAGUAGGGGGGCAUUUUUAUAUUUAAAAAUAAGAAUAAAUAAAUGUAUGUCCCCCCUCCCUUCUUACCUUUACUGAGGAAGGAGGGGGGCCUUUAUCGAUCCCUGGUGGUCCAGUGGGGAAUCCCUGGUGGUCGCAGUGGUGAGAGUGAACUCUAGCCCGUAGCUCUAGGGCUAGAGUUCAAUCUCGCGAGAUCCACGGCAAUGCUCCAUGCUCGCGAGAGAAGGACCCGGAGGAGCUGCAUGCUGAGCUUCCAGUUCCUCUCUCCCUCCCCUGCUGGGUGCCAGCACGGUGCCUGCGGACCGGGGAGGGAGAUCCUUGAAGACACAUUGCAGGGCUGGCACUUGGACAGUGCCAGCCCUGCAUUAGCUGGCAGGGGAGAGCCUCGGGUGGUAGGGGGGAGGCAAUUGCCCUGUUCCCCCCCUUCCCGGAUCCGCCAGUGCUCUGAUCUGUUAAUGUUGGGGUAUAUUCUAAUCUACCAUUUGAUACUUAUAGACACACUAAUGGCUACUAAAGAGCUGUUAAUGAUGUUGAAAUAAUUACAAUCUCACCGUUCCAAUACUCUUCAACAAUACUUUACCAAUUUCUAAUUAAUCAAUUAAAAGUGUUAAAGGGACACUUUAGUCCCCAGAACCAUGUAUUUGUUCUGGUGAGGAAUAUCAUUCCCUGCAGGAUUUUCAGAAAAAAUGCAGUGUUUACAUUACAGCCUAGGAAUACCUCCAUUGGCCACUCCUCAGAUGGCUGCUAGAGGUUCUUCUUGGUGCAGUGCUGCACAAUGUGACUGACAGUCUCAAUCCUCUGCAUAUAGACACUGAGCUUUCCUCAUAGAGAUCCAUUGAUUCAAUGCAUUUAUAUCAGGAGAUGCUGAUUGGCUAGGGCUGUGUGUUUGGCUUGUGCUGGCUCUGCCCCGAUCUGCUUCCUUGACAAGCUCAGCCAAUCAAAUGCUUUCUUAUGGGAAAACACUGUGAUUGGCUCAGAUCAUCACUUCUGAUGAUGUCAGCCAAGAAGGCAGAUCAAGGGAAGAGCCAGCGGCUGCAGCAGACUGGAACAAACUUAAGAUUUUACUAUAUUUAGAGGGGGCAGGGGGAUCAAAAUUAUGUUUUUAACACUAUAGGGUCAGGAAUACAUGUUCAUGUUCCUGACCCUUUAGUGUUUCUUUAACAUACACAUACGCACUGUUUUUAUAAUAUAAAACAGCAAAAUCAAUAACUAAGGCAUAGGGAUGUCAUGCAUGAAGGGUUGUGGGUGGGGGAUAUCAUGCAUGGAAGAGCUGCGGGGGAAAUGACAUGCAUGGAGGAACUUGGGGGGGGGAAUGACAUGCAUUGAGGGACUGGGGAGGAAAUGACAUGCCGGGCUAGGAAGGAGUGGGAAGCAUGGAGGGGCUAUGUGGGGGGUGGGGGAUGAGAUGUAUAAAGGAACUAUGGGAAAGGUAAUGAGAUGCAUGGAGAGGCUAUGGGGGCAAUUUUCACACCGGGGCCCAGUGAUUUCUAGUUACGCCUGUCUCUUAUUAGCAUCAAUAAUGCAGAUGACUGUGUGUAAUGUUCAACCUGUAGUAUUAUAAAAAUGUCUGAAAAGAAAGCAGUUUUUUUAUAACCUCCUAAUUUCAGCCUAUUGAGCUCAACAUCUCAAUAUUAACAAGGGAAACACCAGUUAGGCCUCAUUUUAAAGGAACACAUCACUACUCAAAUGGCCAAAAAAGUUGAAAUCACUGUUUAAUAUAUAUACCCCAAUGAAUAAACACAUGAUUGUUUUCAUGCAUGUAUUCAUUGUGGGUAAAUCUUAAAGCGCUUGAAAAAAUUGCAAAUCUUAGCAAGCCCUCCCCUUUUUCCAUAGGAAGAGACUCCACACUUAACAUUCUCUUACUGUGUCAAUCUCUCUCUCACAUGGAAACAGUUUUUUAAUCUAAAUUAGUAAAUUCCAUAUAGAGAGAGAGAAAAAAACGGUGCAAGAGAGUACUGAGAAUGGACAACAGCUCAAAUAGCCUGCCGCUCGGUGGGUCCCCGCUCAGAUCUCAAGCUGGUUUUAGCUCAUCUUGUGCCAUUGCAAAAAGCGCCAGGGUCAUUUGCAUAUCAGACUGAUCUCAUCCAAAAUGGCAGGACAGAUCCAAAAUGCAGACCCGUUCUCUCUGCACAAGAGAUACAGCAACCCGAGAUGAUCGUUUCAGCCUUGAAAGGCUUUGUCAGUAGUGAUGUCCCGAACGGUUCGCCGAACAUAUGCGCUGUUCGGUCCGCCCCCUAUGUCAUCAUUGAGUAAACUAUGACCCUGUACCUCACAGUCAGCAGACACAUUCCAGCCAAUCAGCAACAGACCCUCCCACCUCCUGGACAGCAUCCAUUUUACAUUCAUUGUGAAGCUGCAUUCUUAGUGAGCUGUCCAGGAGGUGGGAGGGUCUGGGAGGGAGGGUCUGCUGCUGAUUGGCUGGAAUGUGUCUGCUGACUGUGAGGUACAGGGUCAAAGUUUACUCAAUGAUGACGAAUAGGGGGCGGACCGAACAGCACAUAUGUUCGCCAUCCAUGGUGAACCGUUCGGCGAACCGUUCGGGACAUCACUAUUCGUCAGUGAGGUAUAGCUGAUAUUCUUCUAGGUACCGUGAGCAAUGAAGAGUUCUAAUAACAAGCCAUCUCUAGUCUCUUAAGAAAUCAUUUGGCAUUCUUAUUAUAUAUUGAACAAAUGGAACUUUGAAAAGAUCUGUGUAUUCUCCAAUUUUUCCUGGUGAUGACAGUGCAAUCCAAGGAUAUUUUAUAGAUAUCAAAAGAUCAGGGAAAGAGAGAGGAGCAAUGCUCAUGUGCAAAGAUUUGUCUACAACGUUUUUUCUAAUAAAUCUUCUCAAUUGCUCAUGUUAAGGAAACUAGCACCAAAAACAUCAAAGUAAAGCUCUUAUAUUCAAUUAAAUUGACUGGGCCACGAAAAUACCAGGCGAUUGUAAUCCACAACUGGUCACUCACCAGGCCUUCUGCACUCCUGAUUAUCCAGAUUAUAAUCCAGACUAUACUCUAGUACUGGUUCUGUGUUCAAUAUUGUUUUAAUUACAAAGAAAGGAAACAGAUUGUUCAACAAAUUUCCUUGGUGGUUACUGACUUCAUGGUUCCCGUUUUACAAUUUCUACCAUAAAUUCAUCUUGGUAAAAUAGGUAUUGAGCAUAAUUUAUUCUGCUUCUUUGUACUGUAAUACAAUAACAGUAGCCAGCAUUGUGAUAUGGUAAUAGUUUUAAAACAAUUACAUCACAUCCACCUUUCAUGCCUGGCUUCUCUGCAAAACUCUAGCAUUACCUUGGUAGCACAAUCACUUUAGCUCCCAACUAUCAGGAUACGCAUAGGCGUGCGCAGCCUAUUGCAUUAGGGUGUGCACCCUAAAGCACAAGCACACGCCGCAUAUAUGUAUGUAUGUAUGUGUGUAUAUAUAUAUAUGUAUAUAUAUAUACACACACACACAUACACAUACAUACACACAUACACACACUGCUAUGUGUGUGUGUGCGCUGUGUGAGGGUGCUGGUAGUGUGAUGUGUGUGUGACGGUGCUGGUAGUGUGCUAUGUGGGUGAGGGUGUUUGUGCGCGCUUGUGAGGGUGCUGUUAAUGUACUGUGUGUGAGGGUGCUGUUUGUGUGUGUGUGUGUGUGCUUGUGAGGGUGCUGUUAAUGUACUGUGUGUGAGGGUGCUGUUUGUGUGUGAGGGUACUGGUAGUGUGCUGUGUGUGUUUGUUAGGGUCCUGUUUGUGUUUGUGAGGGUACUGUUAGUGUGCUGUGUGUGUGUGAGGGUGCUGUUUGUGUGCUGUGUGUGGGUGCUGUGUGUGUGUUGGUGCUGUGUAUGUCUGUGGGUGCUGUAUGUGUGUUGGUUCUGUGUAUGUGUGUGGGUGCUGUAUGUGUGUUGGUGCUGUGUAUGUGUGUGGGUGCUGUAUGUGUGUAGGUGCUGUGUAUGUCUCUGGGUGCUGUAUGUGUGUGGGUGCUGUGUAUGUCUGUGGGUGCUGUAUGUGUGUGGGUGCUGUAUGUCUGUGGGUGCUAUAUGUCUGUGGGUGCUGUAUGUGUGUGGUGUGUGUAUGUGUGUGGUGCUGUGUAUGUCUGUGGGUGUCGUAUGUGUGUGUGUGAUGUAUGUGGGUGCUGUAUGUGUGUGGGUGCUGUAUGUGUGUAGGUGCUGUAUGUGUGUAGGUGCUGUGUAUGUCUGUGGGUGCUGUAUGUGUGUGGGUGCUGUGUAUGUCUGUGGGUGUUGUAUGUGUGUGUGUGCUGUAUGUCUGUGGGUACUGUGUAUGUCUGUGGGUGUUGUAUGUGUGUGUGUGAUGUAUGUGGGUGCUGUAUGUGUGUGGGUGCUGUAUGUGUGUAGGUGCUGUAUGUGUGUAGGUGCUGUGUAUGUCUGUGGGUGCUGUGUAUGUCUGUGGGUGUUGUAUGUGUGUGUGUGCUGUAUGUGUGUGGGUGAUUGUGGGGGUGGAGGUGGGGGUACAUUACUUGCUAUCCCCCCUCCCUUCUUACCUUUUGUAGGGAGGGGGGAUCCUUGUUGCUGCUGAUUCCAUCCCUGGUGGUCCAGUGGAGAGUGAACUCUAGCCCCCGUGGGGCUAGAGUUCACUCUCGCGAGAUUUGAGCGUUGCCCUGGCAACGCUCAUAUCUCGCGAGAGGAACCCGGCGGAGCUGCCGGCAAUAGCUCCGCCGGGUCCUCUCCUGCCUCACUCCCUGCAUGUGGGUCAGUGGGGAGGGAGGCUGAGAGCAGAGCCGGCGCUCGGAUAGCGCCGGCUCUGCAUGAGCCGACAGGGGAGAUCCUGAGAUCUCCCCUGCCGGUCUCAAUAUACAUAGGCGUGCCACGGGAUUAGGGUGUGCCCAGGCACACCCAGCACACCCCCGUGCGCAUGCCUAUGAGGAUACGGAAGCAUCCUCAGCAAGAUAUAAGUCAACAAUGAACCAAUGGUACAGUUGGAAAGGAUAAGCAGAUGUACUAUCGGACCUUGGAGUAGCUGGGCUUAACGCUUCGAUAGAAAUAGGAAGUAUCAUUUCUCAACUAACCAGCAUAAAAAUCAGGACUAAAUAAACACAAAACAAAUAAAUUGUGUUAACAGAACACAAGACUAGGACAAAGCAGAGUCAGGAAUGAAGUUGGGUCUGGUACGUAGAUACAAGAAGACUGAUACAGGAUAAUGCAAUUAGAAGUUGUGAAUACCAGGGUGCUGAGCUGAAGCUGACAGAGGCUUAUAUAGACCAGGCCCUUGUGUCGUAUUUGCGUAAUUUCUGUGUCUGCAUACUACACAAUUUAUGAUGCCAGCCCAAAAACCUUUAAAAAGGUGCUAAGGUCUUGGCUCAAGUCAUUUAGGUUAGUUCAUAGUCAAAAUGAUGUGACUGCAACCUUGUGACAUUGCGUCAAAAUUGCCUCGAAGGCAGCUGAAUUGACCAAGACGCGUCAAUACAGGAGUGAUGAAUGGCUGACUGAGAACGUGGAUUAACAGAUGUAGCUGUGUAAUUUUAGGUGAGAAUACUUGAAAAACUGGCGCUACUGACAUGUGAUGUAGAAUUGUCAGGGACAGAGGGUAGCUGUGCACCAAUAACAAACAAAACCCAAUAUGUCUUGAUUUCAUGCCUGUACUUUGUAUUCUAUUUUACAACAAGGUGAUUGGCAGAGUAGCCUCGUUAUGAACAAAACUCAAUCGUUGUGGGAUAUCUUUCCAUAAAAUCUUAUAUAUUACACUAGUUUGAAAUGAUUUUAAUCAUCUCUCCCUCCAACCAACAUACUGUAACAGCUGCUAAUAUAUACAUAUUUUAUACUGGGUGUUUUUUUAAAGUAUAUCAUGUUAAUAUUGCUGUUAUUUUUUAUAGGAUAUAUUUGAAUUUCAGUAAAUAUCAAUUAAUUCUUAGAGUCUUCCUCUCUACAUAAUUGCUGUAUUUGUCUCUUUAAAGUCUUGUGAUAAUUUGCAGUAUGCAGUUUCUCUUUUCUGUUCUAUGGUCAUUUUGUCAUACAGCCUAUAUCUGCAGCCUUUGUGCCCUCUUCUCUGCAGAUUUUGAGUACCUUAAAGCGACUCAGUCACAUAUUUUUCUUUCAGAUUUUCUUUGUAUAUCCCCCUUGUAUCUUAAUGAGUAUCUUCUCUUUGACACUUGCCUUUGUUUAUAUUUAUUAUGUAUUCUUCCUCACUGUGGAUCUAAAUACCUGGGUGCCUCCAUGUUGUUCUCCUCUAUCCAUGAUGUCUGCAGACAUUAGCUUAACUUAUCACUUUUGGUGUAUAGAUCAUACCCAUGCACUCUCACUGCUAUUUAGGAGUUAAAUUAUUUUGUUUAUACAGCCCUAGUCACACCUCCCCACAUGUGACACGCACAGCCUUCCUAGACACUACAUGUAAAGAGAGAUCUAAUGUUUAACCCCUUAGUGACUUCGGACGUAUCAGGUACGUCUGACAAAAAAAUGGUCUUUAAGGACCGUGGACAUAACUGAUAUGUCUGCGGCUAAGUAGAGCACUGGAAGCAAUAUUGCAGCUAUGCCUCAAUGUUUUACUGUUUUGAAACACUAAUAUUUGUAUUCAACGAAGUCUCCCGACUAUUACAGUAACCCCCAUGUACAGGUUUUAUAGUGGUUUUGAAAGUCACAGGGUCAAAUAUACGGCCGUUUUUUUCACAUUGAAAUUCGCCAGAUUGGUUAUGUUGCUUUUGAGAGUGUAUGGUAGCCCAGGAAUGAGAAUUACUCCCAUGAUGGCAUACCAUUUGCAAAAGAAGACAACCCAAGGUAUUGCAAAUGGGGUAUGUUCAGUCUUUUUUAGUAGCCACUUAGUCACAAACACUGGCCAAAGUUAGCAUUCAUAAUUGCUUUUUGCAUUUUUAAUGGUUGCAUGAAAAGAGUCAACAUACCCCAAGUUUAAUACCUUAGGUUGUCUUCUUAAAAAAUAUAUACAUGUGAAGGGUUAUUCAGGGAUUCCUGAGAGAUAUCAGUGUUACAAUGUAACUUGCGUUACUUUUGAAAAAAAUGGUUUGGAAAUAGCAAAGUGCUACUUGUACUUAUGGCCCUAUAACUUUUCAAAAAAGUUAAGAACAUGUUAACAUUGGAUAUUUCUAAACUCAGGACAAAAUUUAGAAACUAUUUAGCACAGGUGUUUUUUGGCGGGUUGCAGAUGCGUAACAGAUUUUGUGGGUCAAAGUUAGAAAAAGUGUUUUUUUUUAUUUUUUCAUCAUAUUUUAUAAUUUUCUUUUAUAGUAAAUUAUAUGAUAUGACGAAAAUAAUGGUAUCUUGAGAAAGACCAUUUAAUGGUGAGAAAAACUGUAUAUAAUUACAGCUAAACAUAAACACAGCAGAAAUGUAAAAACAGCCCUGGUCCUUAACGGUAAGAAAAUUGAAAAGCGGUCUGGUCACUAAGGGGUUAAACUUCCCUUAUUGCACAUUCUGUUUAAUUUGGAAUUUCUUAUCUUUUGCUCUGUUAAUAGCCUGCCAGGCCCUGCAGGAGCCUGCUGUAUGUGAUUAAAGUUCUAUUUACAGAGCAGGUGAAAAAUAACUUGAUUGAAAAUAAAAAUCUAUUGGCGGGCUAGGCUAGGGCUGCAUACCAGAAAUAAAUGUGGCUUAACUCUUAAAUGGCAGAGAAUAAGAGCAGCGAGACUGCAAGUGCAUGAUUUAUAUACCCAAACUGCUUCACUAUGUUGAAGUUGUUAUGGUACUUAUAGUGUCCCUUUAACUUAGCAACUGAACUUUGCUUAAGGUUUGCCAAGGUUUGCCAAAGUUCAUGCUCUCUGUGAGAAAAAGUAGUUCAAACUUUUUCUUACAUAUUACUAAAAAAGUAGGGUGAAUUAAAAAAAAUUGUAUUCAUGUUGUAUGCUGGCUUGUUCAUACAGUGUGUAAAUAUCUCCUUUAUAUUAUGAGAAUAUUUGGUGAAAGAAUGUAUAGCUAUCUCCUAAAUAUUCUAUGCUUAUUAGAAGGCAGAUAUCUCAGAAGAGUUCGCACAGUGUAAAGUUAUAUCCUUUUUUACAAGGUAAUAUGAUCGUACCAUGUAUAGAUAUUUCCUUUUUAACCCUUAAGGACACAUGACAUGUGUGACGUCAUGAUUCCCUUUUAUUCCAGAGGUUUGGUCCUUAAGGGGUUAAUGCAAAAUAUUUGGUCAUAUAGUGAACUGAUAUCUCCCUAAUAUUGUAAAAUGUUUUUAUCAAACAGCAUAAACAUAUCUAUUUUAUGUUAUAAAAUGACAUGGCCAUAUAGUGCACAGAGGUCUCCAUUAUAUUAUAAUAUUAAUUAUUCAUAUAUUGUAUAGAUAUCUCAAAUUAUCAGAAGAUGAGAAAACUAGAGUAUAUAGAUAUAUUUUUAUAAGAUUAUUUGGUUAUACAGUAUAUAGACACAUUUGUAGAAGAUGAUUUGAACAUAUAGUAUAUAACAUAAUUUGGACAUACAGUAUAUAAUAAUAAUAAUAAUAAUAAUAAUAAUAAUAACAAAGUAUUUAACCAGGAAAGGUACAUUCAGAUUACUCUGGUUUCCAAGUACGUCAUGGGAAGGAUUUUUAUGUUAUGAGAGGAUUUAGACAUACAGUAUAUAAAUAUAUUUUAAUGUUAUAGGAUGGUUUGUAUAUACAGUAUAUAUAUAUAUAUAUAUAUAUCUAUAUAUAUUUACAUUUUGAAGAUGAUUUAUUAUAUAGUAUUUAUAUAGAUAUAUUUUUAUGUUAUAAGAUGAUUUAGACAUACAGUAUUUAGAUAUAUUUUAAUGUUAUAGGAUGGUUUGUAUAUACAGUAUAGAUAUAUAUUUUAACAUUUUGAAGAUGAUUUAUUAUAUAGUAUUUAUAUAGAUAUAUUUUUAUAUUAUAAGAUGAUUUGGACAUACAGUAUAUAGAUAUAUUUGAAUGCUAUCAGAUAUUUUGGUUAAGCUGUAUACAGAUAUGUUUAUGUCAUAAGACGAUUUGGUCAUAUAGUAUAUACAAUUUUGUAUGUUAUAAGAUGAUUUGGUUAUGCAGUGUAUAGAUAUAUGAAUGUUAUAAUAUGAUUUGGUUAUAAAGUUUAGAAUUUUUUUUAUAUUAUAAGAUGAUUUGAUCAUGCAGUGUUUUAAAAUCGUCUGUAUAUUAUAAAAUGAGUUGGUUAUAUAGUUCACAGAUAUAUCCUUUAUAUGCUACAAUAAUUAGCUUAUACAGUACACAUACAUUGGCUUUAUAUUGUGAAAUGAAUUUGUUACACAGUAUAGAGAUACCUCCUUUAUGUUAUAAGAUUGUGUGGUUUUACAGCAUUUAUAUGUACCCUUCAUGGUUUACGAGGAUUUAACCAACACACCACAAUCUCCUGGCUCCUCCAUGUUCUGUGACAGGGGUAGGCAACCUUUGGCAUUCCAAAUAUUUUGGACUACAUCUCCCCUGAUGCUCUGCCAGCACUAUGCUGUAAGAGCAUUAAAGGAGACAUAGUUCACAACAUCUGAAGUGUCAAAGGUUGCUUAUCCCUGUUCUAUGCGAUGAUCAAGGAAUUAUAGUUGCCUUGGUCACAGAGAAAGCCUCCUUGUUCAUGUUAUGGUAUGAUUUUUGUAAGAGGUCUAGACCUGCUUGCUCCAUCUUCUAUGAUCGUUUGUUCUGUCUGCAUUUUUCAACAUUAAAUUUCAUCAGCCACCUUGUAUUACUUUACAGAGUUUUGUGUCAUCUGCAAACACUGAAAGAUGACUUUCAAUGCUUUUUUCAAGAUCAUUUAUAAAUAUGUUAAAUGGAAGGGGUUCCAGAACAGAACCCUGAGGGACACCACUUGCCACCUCUGUCCACCUUGAAAAUGUACCAUUAAUGACAACUCUUUGUACUCUAUUUUUAAGCCAAUGUUCUACCCAAUAACAAGCUUUUUCAUCUAGACCGAUUUUCUUGAGUUUGAACUCUAAUCUAUUGUGUGGAACUGUAUCAAAUGCCUUGGCAAAAUCCAAAUAGAUCAGAUCCACUGCAACACCCUGAUCUAUACUUCUACUUACUUCUUCAUAGAACGCAAUCAAGUUAGUUUGACAUGACCUGUGCUUCAUAAAACCUUGCUGAUUUUUGCUGAUAACCAUGUUCUUCUCAAGGAAUUAUUGAAUAUUAUCCCUUAAUAACCUUUCAAAUAUUUUCCCAACCACAGAAGUUAAGCUCACAGGUCUAUAAUUUACAGGCAAGGAUUUUGAACCCUUUUUGAAUAUAGGAACCACAUCUGCCUUGCUCCAAUCCUUCAGAACACUUCCUGAAAGAAAAGAAUCUUGAAAGAUUAAAAACAGAGGUUCACUUAUUUCUACACUUAGUUCCUCAAGUACUCUUGGGUGAAUACCGUCAGGGCCAGGAGCUUUGUUUAUAUCAACUUUCUUUAGUUGCUGCAGCAACUUGAGUUAACCAAUUACAAUUAUUCUGCACAUUUUUAGCAGCAAUUAUUUGCACAUCUAUUGCUAUGGGUUCUUCCUUAGUAUUUAUGGAGGAGAAAUAGUUAUUUAAAAUGUCAGCCUUUUCCUGGUCUUCAUUAACUAACACCCCCAUUCCAGUUUUUAGUGUACCUACACUUUCAUUUUUUUUUUUUAUUUAUGUACUUAAAGAAUGCUUUGGGGUUGGUUUUGCUCUCUUUCGCUAUCAUUUUUUAAUUUUGAAGUUUAUCGAAUCUAAUCACCUUUUUGCACGCAUUAUUGGCUUCCUUAUUAGUGAUGUCGCCGAACGGUUCGCCACGGACUCAUCAUUGAGUAAACUUUGACCUUGUACCUCACAGUCAGCAGACACAUUCCAGCCAAUCAGCAGCAGACCUUCCCUCCCUCCCAGACCAUCCCACCUCCUGGACAGCAUCCAUUUUACAUUCAUUGUGAAGCUGCAUUCUUAGUGAGCUGUCCAGGAGGUGGGAGGGUCUGGGAGGGAGGGUCUGCUGCUGAUUGGCUGGAAUGUGUCUACUGACUGUGAGGUACAGGGUCAAAGUUUACUCAAUGAUGAGUCUGUAGCGAACCGUUCGUGGCGAACCGUUCGCGAACCGUUCGGCAAACCGUUCGGCGAACCGUUCGGCGAACCGUUCAGCGAACCGUUCGGGACAUCACUAUUCCUUAUAUCUUUUAUAGGAUGCAUCUGAUUUGUCCAAUUUAAAUGCAUUAAAUGCCCUUUACUUAUUUUUAAUCUCUUGUUUUACUUCUCUACUAAGCCACAUUGGUUUCAAUUUGUUUCUUUUAUAUUUAUUACCCAUGGUACAUACUGAGAAAUGCACCUUUCUAAUAUUUGUUGGAAGAUGUUCCAUUUAUCCUCAGUGUUCUUUUCACUAAAGAGUUUAUGCCAGUCAAUACAUUUUAAAACUGCCCUUAACUUAUAGAAAUUGUCCUUUUUAAAAUUAUAUGUUUCAGUAUACCCCAUGUGCUUUAGUUUUUUUGAGUUUAUUUCAAAAGACACUAUAUUGUGAUCACUAUUUCCCAAGUGCUCACUUACUUGAAUGUUGGUCAAAAGAUCAACAUUGUUUGUUAAAAUCAGGUCCAGAGAAGCGUCCUUUCAAGUUGGUGCUUGUAUAAUUGUGACAUGAAGGUGUCAUUUAAAGGACCACUAUAGUGCCAGGAAAACAAACUCGUUUUCCUGGCACUUUAGGGCCCUGAGGGUGCCCCCACCCUCAUGGCCCCCCUCCCACUGGGCUGAAGUUGGAGGAAGGGGUUAAACACUUACCUUUCUCCCUCGGCGCUGGGGACUCUCCUCUUCCUUCCAACGUCAUCGGCUGAAUGCGCAUGCGCGGCAAGAAACGCGCGCUCAUUCAGUCAGUCCAUAGGAAAGCAUUCUUAAAUCAUGUCUCAGUCAUGUGUCUCAUCCCACCAUGUUUCAGUUAUGCCUAUUAUGUCAUACUGUUUAGUGUAUGCUAUUGCCUCUAGUUCCCCCAUUGUACUGAGAUGAUUUAAUGUAACAUUGUGAUUAAAAAAUGUAGGUGUAGGUUGCUCCAGAUUUUAUUUUUAAAGACAUGGCAAGUAACGGCAGUGGAUGGAAAUUAUAUUAAAAUUUUAUUUUUUCAUGUUGUAAAACCAAGACAAGAAUAAACUACCCAAACAAAAACAAGCACUUAAAGUUAAAAACCCAUCAAACGUCCAGUGAUAACUUUUUCAUUGUAUUACCGAUGGACAGAUAAAAAAGAAGCAACAGGAGGUGCUCGGUUUCUUGGAAGCAAACAGAAUUGACUUUGAACAGAAAGAUAUCGCGUGUAAUGAUGAUAACCGACAGUGGAUGAGAGACAAUGUUCCGGGUGAAAAAAAGCCACAGAAUGGAAUUCCUCUCCCACCCCAGAUAUUCAACGAGGACCAAUACUGUGGGGUAAGGACUGAGAUAUUAGGGGAUGAUGAUGUGUAAGUGAUGAAAUAUUAUUUUGCAUGGCAAAAUCUGCAUAAACUGCAAACAAGGUGACACAUGAGAAUUUCGAUGAUGUAUAGUGACAUUGGUGAGUUUUAAGACCACAAAAAUGUAAGAAUCUCCACUCUCAGUUAAUUGCUAAGAGAAAUCCCAUUUUGCAGAUAUUUAUACUUUGAUAUUUUUUCUAAAUAUUACAGUAACAGGUAUAUUAUAAUAAGUUGAUUGCUUACUUAUAAAGUGGAGUGACCACCAUCAUCAAUAUGGAGAAAAUAAGCAUAAUGUGUAAAACCUGUUCUUUGUACACUAUACCAAAUGUAUAUUGUGUGUGAUUUAUUUUAUGAGACACAGUCAGAGUUAUUUACUGAAGUUAUUUACUGAAGUAAAAUUUCAAGGUGAAUUCAAAGUUAAUUUCAAUGUUAAGGCCAAUGUAGCUGAAAGGUGACUCGGAGACUUUUCCAGUUUAGCAUUUUUGAUCUAAAAUUUAAAUUCACUUGAAAUUCCCACUUUAGUUAAUAACUAUGUGAAUUAUUAAAGUCAUAAUAAAAAUUCUAUUUUAUAAAUGCAAAGCAUUUUUUUCUUUCAGGACUUUGAAUCUUUCUUUGAUGCCAAAGAAGGGAAUGAAAUACAUGUGUUCUUUGGCCUGGCUCCACCACCGAGCUCUAAGGUAAAGAUAUCACGUGGGUAUAUUUACUGCCCUGUGAUUCAGACCAUGCAUGCAUCAAACUCACAUUCCUUACAACUUUGCCUAUUUAUUGAGCAAGCGCCAUGGCUUAAGCAACCACUGUCAACUCAACACUAUUUUAAUAUAAUCAGGUUUUGAAAGGAAAUUGAUUUUCUUUAAAAUGAAGUACAGGUGGUCCUCACUUUAUGACCUACCUGUUUAACGAUGGAUCACACUUACAACCAGCUCUCUAGCAUGGGGAUUCAAGGUUGAUCAAUGGAUGGUUACAUUAAAACAUAGUUUUGAUGUGACAGUUGCCCAACCCCUUAAGGACACAUCACAUGUGUGACAUGUCAUGAUUCCCUUUUAUUCCAGAAGUUUGGUCCUUAAGGGGUUAAACCACUCCCCAAGUUGAAAUGAAUAAUUUGCAAGAACUUUUAUUGUUUUAUUUGGAGUAGUAUUUACAGUAAAUAAAUAUUAAAGGGACACUUUAAUCACCAAAACAACUUUAGAUUAAUGAAGCAGUUUUGGUGUAUAGAACAUGCCCCUGCAGUCUCAGUGCUCAAUUAUCUGCCAUUUAGAAGUUAAAUCACUUUGUUUAUGAACCCUAGUCACACCUUCCUGCAUGUGACUUGCACAGGCUUCCAUAAACACUUCCUGUAAAGAGCCAUCUAAAGUUUAUCCUUCCUUUAUUGCAAGUUCUGUUUAAUUAAGUUUUUCUUAUCCCCUGCUAUGUUAAUAGCUUGCUAGACUUUGCAAGAGCCUCCUAUAUGUGUUUAAAGUUAUAUUUACAUAGCAAGAGAUAUACUUGUUUAAAGGACCACUAUAGGAACCCAGACCACUUCUGCUUAAUGGAGUGGUCUGGGUGCCAGGUCCAGCUAGGGUUAACCCUUUUUUCUAUAAACAUAGCAGUUUCAGAGAAGCUGCUAUGUUUAUGUUAGGGUUAAUCCAGCCUCUAGUGGCUGUCUCUUGACAGCCGCUAGCGGCGCUUGCGUACUUCUCACUGUGAUUUUCACAGUGAGAAGACGCCAGCGUCCAUAGGAAAGCAUUGUAAAUGCCUUUCUAUGAGACUGGCUGAAUGCGCUCGCGGCUCUUGCCGCGCAUGCACAUUCAGCCGAAGAGGAGGAGAGGAGGCAGAGAGGAGAAGGAGAGUUCCUGCCCAGUGCUGGAGAAAGAGGUAAGUUUGACCCCUUCCUCUCCAUCCAGCCCGGCGGAAGGGGGACCCUGAGGGUGGGGGCACCCCCAGGGCUCUAUAGUGCCAGGAAAACGAGUAUGUUUUCCUGGCACUAUAGUGGUACUUUAAGGUAACUUACAUCUGAUUGAAAGUGAAACCAUUUUUUUUCAUGCAGGCUGUGUCAAUCAGAGCCAGGGAAGGUGUGGCAAAGGCUGCAUAAACAGAAACACAACAAUUCAACUCCUAAAUGCCAGUGAAUUUAGCAGUAAAACCUGAGAGGCAUGAUCUAUACACAAAAACUGCUUCAUUAAGCUAAAAUUGUUUAGGUGACAAUAGUGCUCCUUUAAUGUGUGUUGUUGGUGUAGUAAUUAGGCACACCGGGGGGCAAAAGCUGAUAUAUUAUUUACAUGGUUAUGCACUAAAAUUAGAAUUGCUGGUAAUUCAAAGUGAAUUCAGAGUGAAUUUUUAAUUUUAGGCCAAUCUAGCCAAAUUAUAAAAAAGGAUGACUGAGAUGACAAUACAAACUUUGACCAUGUUUCCAUCUGACGGAACAGUUGCUUUUGACAAAAGAUUUACCAUGUUCUAUAUGACAUUUGAUUUUACUUUUGUUUAGUAAAUAUUUAUUUUCUUCUUUAUUUUUAUAACAAUUUACAGUAAUUAUUUCUGAUAUGUAUACUAUUGUCAAUAUUCCCUGGUUCUGGUUUGUUUUUGUUUAUAUUAUUCAUGUAUUAUUGACUUUGUCAAAUUAUACAGUUCAUUGUAUCUUUGUUAUUAUUAUAGUUUAUAAUGUAUCUAAAUUCAUUAAAAUUAUUUGAAAAAAAAUUCUAAAAAUUUGGUUUUAAAUAUGAAAUUCAAAUUAAAUCCACUUUGAAUUACUUCCUUUAACUCCUCUAAUCUUGCCGUGGUUAUUGGUAAAUUCCUUGCCUUCGAUUCCCAGUGAGAUGGGAUUGUCGACCUCAGUUACUGGACUUAUCAGUGGUGCUUUAUCCCUGCUGUGAGUUUAAUAUCUAAUACCACAAGUGAUGCCAGUUGGCACCAAGCCGUCCUGGUUUUUCAGCUCAUUCCUCGAGCUGACGUAAUAUGUACAGUUUGUUGCAAGACAUGGGUUAUACAAAAAUGUCCCCAGCAGAGCAAAGAUAUCCAUUGCUUUGGUCCUUCAUGCUAUUUUUAGAAUACAAUUCCCAGAGUUCUCUGCCAACAUAGUGUAUCGAGAUACGUUCACAGUAUAUGAAUAUCCUUUGCGUUAUUAUAUUAUGACUGCAGUGAGGUGCAAAUAAAAUAUUUGGAUUUCAUACCCUAUUACAUAAAUGAUAUCUCAUUAAACAUUUACAUUUAUAUUUUUUUUCAGGUCUGUCAUUUAUUUACUAUUUUAUAGAAAAUAAUUAAACAUGUUAGAUUUAUAGAUAAUGCAUUUGUGUAUUCUUUGUAAUGACACCCGUGUCUGAUAAAGUCUUCUUCACUGUGUUGCUAUUAGUAUCUGUUAGGUCCUGUCUGUUUUCUGUUAUUGUCUGUUACAGACAUAAAGUCAAUGAAUGAUCUUAUUUGGUACCUGUGUUCCUGGCAAAAUGUCUGGUAAUCAUAAAACGUCUCAAUAUGAGUCAACGCAUAGGAAUGUGUUCUAACACAGGUAUUGCAAAAGGGAAGUUUGAAACAAGUUUGGUCUAUGUUAUUGGUUGUGUAAUUUUUAGGGUUAUCCGUUUAAAUUUUUCUGAUAACUGAUAAACCAAUACCUGUCAUAAGGAUAAAACCCCAGUAAAGAACAGCUAUUAAUGUUUAUUGUGCCUCUGGAGUCACAGAUAAAAGAAGAUUGUAGGAUGCAGUUGGAUGGAGUUGGAAAGGGAACUCUUUAAUUGAAUGGUGAACUGGAUGAGAGACCUUAACUGAAAGUUAAUUGAAAAAAUACGUAAGAUUCCAUCCAGAACAUUAAAAAUUAGCAAAAAAGGUGGAAGAGUGGAAUUUAAAUUGAAACGGGAGAGGGAAAGCUGUAAUGAGACUUGUGCGGUGAAGUUGAAAAGGAAACAGGACUAAGUAGGAGAAAAGAAUUGAAAUGGGGCUGUUGGUUGAAUAGGGGAAAUUAAGUAUGUUUGAGGUAGAACCUGAAGUAGAAUUGGCUCUCCUGGCAAUGAUCUGACUCCAAGUGUUUAAUCUAGGUAGACUUAUUUUCAAACUCCUGUGCAAUAAAAUGGUGUUUUUAUGAUUUGAAAAUACAUGCUAUCGAGCGUAAAAAUAAUCAUACACCAUGUAGAAUUAUACUUAAACCCACAAAGCAAUUUCAACAUUUAUAACACCUUGUUAGUGCCUAUAAUAAGCACCUAUGGCCAUGAUGUAUUCUGGUGUCUGUGAAAAUGGUAAAUGCCAAUCAUGUGAUAGAUGAUCUUUCUUCUUUCCAUUACCAUCGAUUAAAAGAAUAGGUAUUGUUUUCAAGUGCAUUAGAUUUAUUUCUGUUUUUUUUUUAGUCAGUAACCUUAUUUUUUGUGACAAUGUAUUUUUUAUGUACAAUGUUUUUUAUAUUUAAAAAUACACUGUAUUAUAACUUUGAGGUACAUGGCAGGUCCCAAAUCUGUAAUAAUUCAGAAGUGUUCUUUUUGUGGUUUUUAUAUUUAAAAAGGGUAGAGACAAGGUCUGUCAUGUUUGGUAAUCCAUGAUGCGCUACAAGCUGGUUAUGAAAAUAUUGCACUUGCUUCUCUGAUUUUUGUCUGCUACAACACGAAACCAUUAAGGUACCUGCCACUCUGGCUUGAGACAAAAAAAAAAAAUCAGACUAGGAAAAUGAUGACAACACCUGUCUUACCUACGUGCUACGACUGAAAUUGUAGGGCUAAUUCAGCAGAAUUAGAUAAAGAAAACCAUGUCACACAGAGUGGCCAACAUAGCCUCUAUGACAAACGUGGACCUAAUGGAAUAAUGAUCAACUCCGAGGAGCUUGUUAUCAUUGGGAAAAAAACUUUUUUUAUUUUUAUUUUUUUUUUACAGGAUUUGAUAUGAACUGACAAGUCAAUUAUGAAUUUGAAACCAAAAUAACUAAGAUAAAAAAGCACUAUAUUAUUAUGAAUACAAUGUGUUUGCCUAGCAGUGGCCGUUUAGGAGACCUGCCCCCCACUUGCAUGGAAACAAAAAGUACUGUUACUUAUCUUUUCUUACUUACGGUGCUGUUUUUUGGUGUGCCGUUCCACCUUUUUGGUUACGGUCAUCAAGAUCGAUGAUCUCAGCCAGGCCAAUCAUUUCCCAUAAGAAAGCAUUGGGAGUCAAGUGCAUGCGAUUUCUUUAAAUUCUUUGUCAAUUCUCCACGAUUUCAGAUAUAGCAAAAACGUCAAACAGUAAUAAAUACAAAAGGGUGACUUGCCAGGAAUUUACAGAGAAUUUAAAGUAAAUUUCAAAUACGAGGCCAAAACAAACAAGUUAGAAAAAUUCACUAAGUCACCUAUGUUUUCAGUUUUGGUAUUUUGACGAUAAAGUUUAAAUUCACUUUGAAUAAAUUCUGAACUCCUGACUUUUUACACUUUAGGGAACACAAGGUCACAUAUAGAAAACAAAUUGGAUCCAUAUUAACUUUAUAUUCUCUUCCAGGCUCAACCUGAAUCAUGUGAUUUAAGAUUUUUUUGCUGAGGCACAAUUUACGUAACUGUGAUGAUUUACUAUUAAGUGGUUUUUCUCAACUCUAUUUAACACAGGAAAAGGAGAUACCCUCUGACCUCCAAAAUGGUGAAGUUCCAGAAGAAAGUCAUGUAAAAUACUUAUUUUUAAUUAUUUAACCUACAUUAAUUAACAUAACAUUUACGUGGCAUUAACUAAGCGCUUGUGUACUACUCAUCAAAGAUUAAUACCCACUUCUAUCAAGAUAAAUAAAACAUAUAUUUGUUCAAGUAAAUUUUCGUGAUCUCUUCAGCACUGAAGCAGUUAAGAAAGAAUUGACAAAAUAAUCAAGCAGUUUAUAUGUUAAAAAAUUAUGGUUUAAAAUGAAAAAAAAAAUAUAUACAUAUAGACUCGUCUUUUCAAAAACAAGUGCUUAGCAAGACAGCGGGUGUCGAGUAGCGCAACCUAGUGGACAAAACCGAUAUUCUAAAGGAGGGUUCUCCAAACACUGUCCCUCCAGAUGUUGCUGAACUACAACUCCCAUUAUUCUUUGAAUGAAGUAGAUAGCCAGAGUACCAUGAGAGUUGUAGUUCAGCAACAUCUAUAGGGACAGAAUUUGUAGAACCCGGCUCUGAAGGAUCAGAUUUGUUUAUACUUUUGUAUAGAAUGGCCGAUACACUACUAAGGCUUCUUUACAAGUAAAACCUCUAUAAAUUAUCAUAUUUAUAAAGAAUCAUUCAUUAUAAUGUCAUUUUUGAUUGUACAAAGUAGUUUUUUUUUUCACGUUUUAAAGUACAUAAAGUAUUUGCAAGUGAUGCAAAUAUAAUAUUUUAGAAAAGAGACGUGUUAUACUCUCAGGUGUACAAUAGAGGAUACAUUACAGCGAGCUGUGUAUUAUGAGAAAAUAAGGAAGAAUCCUGGAGACAAUAGUAAACCAUGAAACUGAAGGUGGCUUAUAUAUGAUUUAAACCUGAUUUUAUAAAUAUCUCUAGAACUCUGAGAUGGCAUUAUUUUUCCCCAAUACACGCUUUGCGGUUGUUGUACAUUCAUAAUCAUGUUAUCUUUUAUAUUAAAUGAUAUUCUUAGGUCAUGGUUAGUGUAAGAGUAAGUGUUAAAGUAGUGUAUAGUUUAUUGUUCAGUAUUACGGCAGUGCAGGGGUUAAUGUUUAGUGUAGUCUGGUUUUAAGGUAGCGCAGUGGUUAAUGGUUAGUGUAGUCUGGUGUUAAGGUAGUGCAGUGGUUAAUUGUUAGUGUUAAGGUAGUGCAGUGGUUAAUUGUUAGUGUUAAGGUAGCGCAGUGAUUAAUGGUUAGUGUUAAGGUAGUGCAGGGAUUAAUGUUUAGUGAGUGUAGUCCAGUGUGUAUCUGGUAUACAGCCUAAUAGAUUGUUUUGACUAUGAGACAAUCACUGCGUGACAUUAAUCUACAUUAAUCAGAUGGUGAGUGUGUUUCUGGUUUAAAAGACUCCAUGCAUUUAACACCAAGAGAGGCUUCAACUUAAUAUUUUUGGAUAUUUUUGGAUACAUUUUUAAAAUAAUGUAAUAUUUCAAAAAACAUUUCCAUAUUAAAAUUUUUCAGUAAUUGUUUGAUAUUUGAUAUAAUAUAUAUAUAUAUAUAUAUAUAUAUAUAUACAUAUAUUUAUAUAUAUGUGUGUGUGUGUGAAUAUAUAUGUGUGUUUGUGUAUAUAUAUGUGUGUGUGUGUAUAUAUGUGUGUGUGUGUAUAUAUGUGUGUGUGUGUGUGUGUAUAUAUGUGUGUGUAUAUAUAUGUGUGUGUGUAUAUAUGUGUGUGUGUAUAUAUAUGUGUGUGUGUGUGUGUAUAUAUGUGUGUGUAUAUAUGUGUGUAUAUAUAUAUAUAUAUAUAUAGUUAAAAAAUUAUUUUAAUUUGUUCCCUAAAACAUAUAAAAUUAUUUGAAAAGCUUUAUCCAACAAUAUUAAAUUGAGGUCUUCUUUAUGUUAUCAUCACUCACUCCAAGAGGGGCACUGAUCUAACCAAUCAGUGUCCUAUCCCUAGGAAUGCUGAACUAGUGCAUUGGGCAUGCCUGGCAGAUUUACACAUGUGCAGUUGGAAGAUCCCUUCACCUUGCAACAUCCUGACAGGGGGAAAGAAAGAUAGUCUGAUCAGUGUGAUCAUGUAAGGCAGGCUCUAGUGUCAAGUUGGUGAACUGGUCUAAAACUGAGAAAGGUGUGGGGGAGGGAGGGCUGACGAAAGACAUCUGUGACGAAUAAUGCAAUCUGGCCAAGUUUAUAGUAAAUUUACAAAUGUUCAUUACAUAUGUUUUAAAGUUAUUCUUAGUUUAUUUCUGUUUGUAUAUUUGUUUAAAAGUGUUUGCUUGCUGGUUUACAAAAUAAUGAUCAAGUAACGCAUGUCCCUUUAACAAGAAGUAGUAGUAGUUUUGCUUGUUAUAGCGCCACCUCUGGUAGUAGAUGAAGUCUUGAAAUAAAAAAUUGAAGAAACAAGUGACAGUCAGUUUGGCAUGCUUUUACCAUGUGUUCUAGUGGAGAAUGUCUGUUACCAGCACUGACACAAUUAGACCAUCAUUCCAUUUCCUCUAUUACAAUAACUAUUGUAUUGCAAUUAUUUUAUGCUAUGUGGCACUCACCGUCUAUAAACAGAAACCAUUUUACUUAAAGAUUGUUAUUUUCCUUGCAUCACUGGACACAUUCUAAUACUUAAAAUUAAAAUGUUGGAUGCUUUUAUGGAAAAAAUCCAGGUAUAUUGAUGAAUAAUGGUAAUUAAAUGAAAAUUAAAAAAGUUGUUUCUAUUUAAAAUAAUCUGCGAGGCUUGUAAAAGCUACUUUGAGUUGAGUCUGUUUAGUACAUUUCCAUCUGUCUAUGAGAUGUCCAUCGGAGGGUAAGAAACUUACAUCCGGGUUCUAGAACCUGCGACAGGAGUAGCAUUGCCAGUAUUGGGUUACAUACAUGAGCUAAUUAUUUAUAUGGAGCUAUGAACAGCUGUGCACAUUUAAGGCUGUUUACGUGUGUCAUCCUGACACUAGCAAGACGUCUUGUUACUUAAUUAAAAGUAAAUUCUCAUUCCCAUGGCUUUCCUCAUUUUAUUUCAACCCAAUUAUAUAAAAACAAAGUUUCAUAUAGAAUUUUGUAGUAGGAUACUUUGCAAGAAGAGAUAUAUAUUGUGUGAUUAGACAUGAGCCUAUUGAUAUUUUACUUUUAACUUUUAAUCCACCCUGGUGACAUUAAUCACUUAUCUGGAAGCUGGUUAAAAAUGAUUUUUAAAAUUUAGGUCAAAAUUGGAAAAUUAGGAAGAAUUUAUAUCCUAGACCGCCAAAUUCAAAAUCUAUUGUGGCCUAAAUUUUGCAAGUUUGUUCUCAACUAACAGCUUAUUGAUGUUUAGGGAAUAGCUACGAUGUUAUUGGGUCGUGGAAACAUUGCUACCCUGAUACAAUAUUAUCUUAAUACAUUUACUCAUAUGCUACAUAAUAUGUAUUACUAAUAUGAAUGCCAUAAGUAUAUUAAGGGUCUAUAUAUAUAUGUUCUAAUAAUCUGAUUUUUAAUGAUUGAGUAACAAAAUAGAACGCACUACUUAAUUUAAAGGAACAUGCCAGGCACCCAAACAGCUUUGUCUAAAUAACGUUGUUAUGAUGCUCCGAGGCCCCUGGAUGCAAAUUUACCUUCCGCGGCUAAACCGUUUUAGAAUAGUUUAACUACAAUGUUUCCUCCUGCACCUUUCUCAGCUCGCCCCUGGCGGCUUUCGGCUUCUGAAAUCUCACUUACAGGAAGAGUGGAGUACCUUUCUCAAACUAGUUUUGAGAAUAGGGAGUCACUGGCUGUGAGUGCCAGCUGACUGCUCUCAGCCAAUCAGUGGCGCCUCUGCCUAACGGAACUUCGCACUUCCUGUAAGUGAAAUUACUGAAGCCAGAAGCUACCAUGGGAGGGGUUGAGACCAGCGCUGGAAGCAACUUCGGGGUUAAACCGUUUUCAAGAAACCCGUGUUCCACUAAUAAGAAUUUUCAUUCUCAUUUAAUAUUUACUAUAACUUUAUUUAUUAUCUCCUGUUAUCAAAUUAAAGGUGAUGGCUAUCAUGUGAUUGCGUGACGUGCAACAUUGACUCUGUAUAUCCCUGCAUGUUUUAUACACUCUGCAUGUAAAAUAUACUUUACUGACCGAACAAUAUGAUUUUCUCUUCGGCUAUUAGAAAACCGAAAGCUCUCCUGUAAGUGAUGGAACCCAAGAAGAUGCUGUAGCUGAAUCAGCUGAAGAAAAGAAGGUAAUUAGGAAGUUUGAUUUACAUACACAGAAUGCAAUAUAUGACGUUUACUUGUUGGUUUGACGUUUUAUGUGCUAAGAUAAUUCAGUAAAAAUCUGGACAACGUUCUCCUCAGAUCAUGAAAUACAUUGGUGUCUGGUUCCACGACUACAGUUCCCUUAGAUUUAAAAAAUUAUCUUUUUCUUAUUACUGCUUUACAUUCGUAUGGUUCCUAAUCUUCUUUCCUGUAAGCAGUUUAUUAAAGGAUCACUAUAGUGUCAGGAAAACAAACUAGUUUUCCUGACACUAUAGCAUCCUUAGGACACCCCCACACUCAGGGUACCCCCUCCCUUGGCUAAAACCCCUUCAGCAGCUUACUUUAAUCCAAUGCCAGGCUCCCUCAGCGCUGGUGACCUCUCCUCCCCUGCCGACGUCAGCUCCCGAGUGGAGCGGAAUGUGCAGGCACAACAAGAGCCACACGCGCAUUCAAACAGUCUAUAGGAAAGCAUUUCUCAAUGCUUUCCUAUGGACGUUCUGCACGCUGCAAAUUUGCAAAAAUGAAAAUUUCGCAUCCAUCGUCGCAGAAGCGCCUCUAGCAGCUGUCAGGAAGACAGCCACGAGAGGCUGGAUUAACACUGCAAUGUAAACAUAGCAAUUUCUCUGAAACUGCUAUGUUUAAAGUCUGGGUGACUAUAGUGUCCCUUUAACUACAAUCCAACAUUACUAACAGGUGGAAUCCCAAUACAAACUAUGCAUGCUGCAUUGUAACAGUAUGUUGUGAAAAUGUUUCACAUUGAAAUCAGAUAAUCCUGCUAUGGCACAGGUGCAGAGAAUAUAGUUUAGUUGGCCUCUUCAUUCAUUUCUAUUUCUAUUGUAAUGCUAAAAGUAUCAUAAGAAAUAACAAAGAUGACACAGGAGAGUUAUUACACUAAACACAUUAUUUUACUACAAUUUUUACAUUUAUUUUGGAACAAUAGUUAGAACAUUACAGAGAUCAUCACAGUGACACAUAUAGUUGACAAAGUUAUCGUCAGGUCUAUUCUCAAUCAAUAACAAAUGUAUAUGUUAAAAAAUGUACUUACCUGUAUAUUGUUCCUGCCUCCUUCAAAAUGCCUGCCCUGAUUCAGUGUAAGACAAUGUCCCUUUAAAUAACAAGGCCUGCCAGAUGGAGCAAGUCAUAGAGUCUGGCGUUCAGUACAUCUUUUAAUAUAUCAGUAGUUUAAACCUUUUACAGAUCAUCAACAUUUUGUCAUGGCUUUAUUUCUGUUAUGUACACUGUACUCAGUUGACUCUCCACAGCUAACUCGCCACAGACAGCAUGACUGACUAGGUCACUUGCAUGAAGCUGCCACAUCAAAUCUUUGGUGAAUAUUUAUAUUCAAAUGUACAGGAACAGCCGAGCUGGCAUUAUAACCAUUCGAUUGGUUAUAUAAACCCCAUCAUGAAUGCCCUAUUAUAAUAAUCGCCUGUAUAAAAUAUGAUUUAUCAUUUUGCCUUAUGAUGUUUGACAUGUCUGUAGUUCAUGCUGAUUUCUGGUUCAUUUGACUUGGCUUUGAUAUAUAAUUAUUCUAACUACUGUUGCCUUUGACUUUGGCGUGUUAUUAUUUUAUCUGUCUGAAGCUAGCACUUUACUAUGGGCAUAGCAUUAAUCCUGGUCAGGCUAAGGACCAGUACUGUCCUACUAACCUUUCCAUUCCCCAAAUCUUUUUUAAUCUUCGAUAUCAUUUAUUUUGCAAUCUUGACAAUUUAGUUUUCUGUUGCAAAGCAAUGAGUUCAUUUUACUGUUUCUUGGUUGGCUUAAAAAUGAACUGUAUAAUACAGAUGCCACAUUUUAUGCAGGCGACUGUACUUACUUUGUGGGUAUUAUACCUACAUACGCAUAUUAUUUUUUCAUUGUGAUGACAUUUUGAGGAAACUGCAUUUAGGUAUAUAUGGCACAUUUAUAAUAAAUAGUUGCGUUUGCAUGCGACAAAUUUAUAUUUCUGCUUCUGUUCUAAUGCUGCUAUUCAUUAAUUUAAUGAGUUUAAAGUUAAACCAUUUCAAAUAUUAAUAGUUUUUUAAAUUAAAAUAAUUUGGUUAUGAUAUAGCUACCAAAACAAAAACAAAAACUGAAAAUAUACCAGCAAAGAAAUAAUUAAACAGAAAAAACAUGCAUCUUACUUUUGUAAUAUGUACAUAGUGUUUUGUCUUACAUUUUAAGCCUAAGCCAAUUUAAGGACAAAAUAGAAAGAAAUUGUUACAGUGAAUGGUGACUAAGUGCUUACAAUACUCAGAAAACUCACAUACUAUAGAGGCAACUAUCAAGUUUUUUUAAUUUCCUGCUUUAGAAAUGUCAUGGGAUAAAAAACAAUGUUUGUCGAUAAAUCUUAUACAUUUUAGUGGAUAAAAUUAACGAAAAAGUUUCUCUUAAAGCAUUAAUUGGUCAAAUAUGACCAAUAUAAGGUUGGCAGCUAAUUUAAGGACUUGGUAAAAACUUUUCUUUAAAAAAAAAAACUAUGCAAAUUUAUCCUCCCCUUCCACUCCCCCCUCCCCAAACCCUUUAUUUUUCAAUCUACCGUAAGAGGUUAAAGAGUUCAAACUAUUUGUUAUGUUUUAAUAUCCCAACUCCUCUGGUCUUUCUCCAAACAUUCCCAUUCAUCGAAGAAAGGAGCAGAACAUGUCUAGAAAAAUGUGCUUUAAUAUGUUAUAUGUUAUACCUAGUACUGCGUCUGAAUUAUAACUUGCAGAACAUAAAUUGUAUAAAAUAUGUUAUCAAUAGCUAAAAUGUUCUCAGCACUGUAGGAAAGGGAAGUGGCAGCACUAAUAAUGUAGACCGGUUUCAGAAACUAAGGGUUCAUUUCUAUGCUUGAUGCAAUCAUUUCCCAUUAGGUCAAUAAUAGCUAAAAUGUCUGUUGCUAUCAUUAGAAAUUACCAGACGUUUCUAUGCUGUAAAAUGUACCAUUUAAACGUAGCAAUCAGUGGCUGCUGAAAUGUCUCCCUCAGAGAUUAAUGGGAAACGAUAAAUGCUAAGUAACACCUGGUUUCCAUGCUAGAUGAUGAAAAUUGCAUGUCGGAUGUAGUAACAAGCUCACUAUUCUUACACUUUGUUCAGCUUUGCUGGCUUUGUGUAUUAGAUUGUUUGGAGGAUGGUAGGUGGCUAUUUAAAUCGGAAUGGCUUGGUAUGGUAGGUGGCUUUGUGAGGAUUAGUGGUGGGAGUGGUAGGUGGCUGACAGCCACUAGAGGUGCUUCCUUCUCCAGAACUGAGUGAGAUUCAGUACUGGAAUCAAAUGUUGUGAUGGCAGCUUUUGAUUGGAUGAGCACUGCAUUUGGUCACACAAGCUGACGUCUUUGAAGGCAUCUGCAGUGGAAAAUUCCUGGCGCUGGGAAUGAGCUAAGUAAUCAUUCUUAAAAUUAAUUUUUUUAAUAGCAAAGGACAUGGACAAAUGGGCAGAAGGAGAUAUAUAAUCCCCAAAAACUUGUUUACGUGUCUAUAGGUUCCCUUUAAAUAGACAUAUUUUCUUAACUUUAUAUAUUUCUGUUUGAUUUAUUGCAAUAUAUUAAUUACAUUAUUAGUACAAGUAGUCGUCAAUUAUUGGUCAUAUUAUUUAUUUAUUGCAGUUGUUAAAUAUCUUCUUCCACAACUUCACAAUCUACUCUGAUUCUAUACUCUCUACCAUGGUUGACUGUUUGUUCCACAUUCUCCACCAAUUGUCUCUCUCUCUCUCCGGCAGGAUGAAGUAGAAGCAGAAAAUGAAGAGGAAGGAGCUGAGGAGGAAGAAGAAGAAGAAGAAGAAGAGGAAGAAUCAUAGAGAUCAGCUGUGUUAGCAUGUCGUAUUGAGGUAGUCUUCCUGAAGAAAAUAUUGCUUCUUUCUUUCCCAGAAGGCAGAGAUUAUUGGCCAUAACUGACUGUGAAACUGUAUCAACUAGACUAGAUAAAGGUUAUCCAUUAAACUAGGAAUGGUUUAGAAAUUUAUCAGGAUAUCACAAAUUUGAUUCCUUAUAACUGAGCUGGAAAGAUGUUUGACUUAGAAAACCUUUCUAAUUAACCCAUUUUGACUAAAUUACCAACCAUUUACUAAAAUAGAUAAUCCUGUACGUGUGCUGUUAAAUGGACCUGGAUUUAGUCUCACAGAUUCUGUAGUAAACCAAAACUUUACCGAGUCGACUGCUGAAAAGCUCUAGGCCUUAUUUUAGCAAUACUUAAUUGUUAGCCCUGAGUUUCCUGAAAAUCUGCGGUUGGAGGUAUUAUUUUAUUCUGUAUUAGAAUUUGUAAGGGAGAGUAUUGAAUAGUAAAUAAAUAUAGGGUGGGAGUUAUCUCUGCCAACUAACAAAUCUGAGACAAAAGGUUCACUCAUUGGUUUAGUAUAAAUAUAUCAAUAACAGAAUGAAAACAGGUUCGGUGCGGAAAAUUCCUAAAACAUAUAAUAUCUCGUAUGUAAAACGAAUUAAGAAGAUUAUUUGAAUGAAUCCUUCUUUAAGUCCAAUUGUAAUUCAUUGAGUUUGGUAUACAAUGCAAUCCAACAUAUUGUGAUCUAUUUGUAUUACAGGGUAACUUUGCUUAUAUAAUAUUUUGGUGUCUCUAAUGUUUAGCAAGCUUGCCUCUUUUGCCUCUUUUGAGAGCAAUUACUCAUUACAGUAUCUAUAUUUGGUCAUUGAGCUUUUUUGUUAGAAAAUAGAUGUUCUGUAAUGUUAUUUUUGGGAUAUUUUUGUAGCAGUUGGAUUUUUACCAUUAUUAGAGAGAGUUGUAUACUAAAAAGAGAGAGCAAGGAACACAACGUUCCAAGUCCCUGUAUAGCCGCCGCACCCACCACCUCAAAACCUCCCCAAAAGGGGGGCAGUGGCUGCAGGGGUCACGCAGAGACAAACGUACCAGUAUGAGACUCCAGCUGUCUCAGAGGGGCUUAACCUCAAAUAUAAACACAAGAACAAAGAAAUAUGCAGACCGUCUCAAUUAUAUGAAUGAAACUUACUGCAUUGACUGGAAAAAAUAUAUCUAUGUAUAGUGCGAUGUUCCAAAUAUAGAACCUGGCUAUUAGAAAUAAUAUGGUCAGAGACCCUAAUUAAACAAAGUAUAUACAAGUGAACCUACAAUCCUAUGCCAGCCCAGGGUAGUAUAGAUCAAGAGGUAGUAAAAAAGAUAACCUCACUCCCCCUUAUAAUUAAGCUUUAUUGUGAUCUGCUAUAGGGAUAGGAGUAUACAGUAGCUAAGUCUCUAUAAUCCAUGCAUCCUAGGAAGUAUCCUGGUCACACUAGAAACAUAUUAACCCCUUAAGGACACAACUUCUGAAAUAGAAGGGAAUCAUGACGGAAUAUUUCCGUCAUGUGUCCUUAAGGGGUUAAGAAAAACAGAGAGAGAUAAGGACUAGCUAGCUUUACAGGGAGAGAGGCUUUAUUAAUGCUAAUUAUCAGUCUGUUUUUGACUGAUUUUUUUACUUCUAUUUUCAGUCCUUAUCUCUCUCUGUUUUUCUUAAUAUGUUUCUAGUGUGACCAGGAUACUUCCUAGGAUGCAUGGAUUAUAGAGACUUAGCUACUGUAUACUCCUAUCCCUAUAGCAGAUCACAAUAAAGCUUAAUUAUAAGGGGGAGUGAGGUUAUCUUUUUUACUACCUCUUGAUCUAUACUACCCUGGGCUGGCAUAGGAUUGUAGGUUCACUUGUAUAUACUUUGUUUAAUUAGGGUCUCUGACCAUAUUAUUUCUAAUAGCCAGGUUCUAUAUUUGGAACAUCGCACUAUACAUAGAUAUAUUUUUUCCAGUCAAUGCAGUAAGUUUCAUUCAUAUAAUUGAAACGGUCUGCAUAUUUCUUUGUUCUAGAGUUGUAUACUAGUUCUAUAUUUGUGAAGUAUGUCGUAAUGUUUGUAUUUUUACAUUUUGUAAUAAAGGUUAUGUUUUAAGAAUUUCCCACAUACCACUAUGUUUAGCUAUUGGUUUCCUCCCAUUAGUGGCAGUACAGUGUUUAUCUAUAAUACACAGUUUACAUUACGUGCAACAUAUAUAAACUAUACCUUUGCAUGGACAUGGAGGUAGCCUUUAACCCCUUAAGGACACAUGAUGUGUGACAUGUCAUGAUUCCCUUUUAUUCCAGAAGUUUGGUCCUUAAGGGGUUAAAAAUGAAAGAAAAUGUAACAAGACUGACUCUUACACCUUAUCACUAACAGUAGCUGCUAACAGCUGAACAUGUAUCACAUUCUGUGCAACGUAAUUAUAUUGUACUGUCUGUCAACAUGCAUCUUAGCUUACCUACACGUUAACUGGCUGAACGUUACAAAUAUGAUUACUGGUUUGGAGCACAGCUACCCUGGUGAUUUAAUCAGCUGCGAUGUCAAAGGAGAACUUUGUCUUUAAAACAUUUUAAUGUACCUGCUCUUAAUAUAUAUAUUUAAAUUUUUUAUGUAUUGCGAUUUUGGAAAAAAUCAAUUGCCGACCUUUCCCACUUCCCAGGACCGGACUGGAAAUAAUUUUCUUACACCAGCCCUAUACCAAUUGAAAAUACAAAAUUAAAAUGGAAAAUAUGUUAUCAUUAUGAGAUUUAAACUUGCCUCCCUCUGGUCUUGAACCACCAUGUCCUCAAGGAGAGAAAAACAAACCAGCUUGAGAUCUGAGCGGGGACCCACCGAAGGGCAGGCAAAUUGAGCUGUUGUCCGUUCUCACCUCUCUUGCUACUUGUUUUUCUCUCCUUGCGGUAUUUGCACUCAGCAGCCGUGCGUCUGUAUAACUGACUCUUGCAACAUGUUGAUGGACGCCGGCCACUGCGGAUCCAUGCCAAAUUACACCCCCACACCCGCCCAUGUUAAUUAAUAUGACGGCGUGCGCAUGACAUCACGCGGGAGAUGCGCGCACACGUUUUGGGAUCAAAGGCUGUUUUUCGGCCAAUCAGAACUGUAAAGCACCUAUUUAAGCUCAAAUUUUUUUUCCUCAUUGCCCUGUCAUGGUUUCCCUAGUGGUUGUCCGAGAGUGUGCUCCUAAGCGUUUAUUUCUGGUUUUUGACUUUGGCUUUGUUUGACUUCCCUGUAUUCUGGUAUCCCUGACUUUUGGCUUGUCCCAUUCUGUGCCGACCGACCAUUUCUAGUAUCCUGAAUAUUCUUUGGUACAUUAAGUCCGCCCAUUCUAAGGCCCGGUAAAACGUUACUGUAACGGAACUCCCCGUACUCCGACUGAGUACCUUCCGUUGAUGAACGCUUCCUGCGCCGAGGAUCACAAGCACCACACUGGACACCAUAACCACCGUAGACUCCUUCAGAGAGCAAGACAGGAACAAGCUCUUACAAGAGCUCAGUGAUUAUAGCAAGGGAAUAUGCAGAGCAUAGAAAUCCCUUGUAGCAGAUUCCCCCUAACAAGAGACAGGACUCAGAUUGAGGGUGAAGUAGAACUGACUGUACUGGCACAUACAGCCUCUUUUAUUUACAUUCUACAAACAUAGUACUGCCCACAGGGUUUUGAAGAACAACCAAUCAACACAUUACAACACAGCUAACACCAGGGCCGCCAUCAGAAAUUUUGAGGCCCCUGACAAAGCACAAGGUCUGGGCCCCCCUCCCCCCUUCCCCUCCUUCCCUCCUCCUGGGCCCGCCCAUGCCCUACCUAGUCCACUGACAAUGAUGCAGAACUGAAUGUAGUGUAUAUAGUGGAAGUGAAUUAGAAUGUGUGUAAUGGAUGUAGUGUUUGUGUGUAUUAGAUACUGUUUGUGCAGUGAAUGCAGAGUGUGUGUUUGUGUAGCGGAUGCAGUGUGUAUAGUGAACGCAGAGUGUGUUUGAGUAGUGGAUGUAGUGUGUGUACAGUGAUGUAGUGUGUGUUUGUGUAGUGGAUGUAGUGUUUGUGUGUACUAGAUGAAAUGUGUUUAGUGGAUGCAGUGUCUGUAGUGGAUGUAGUGUGUGUAUUAGAUGCAGUGUCUGUGUAUAGUGAAUGCAGAGUGUUUCAAUUUGUGGUGGAUGUAGUGUGUGUACUGUGAAUACAGGAUGUUUGUGUAGUGGAUGCUGUGUGUACAGUUAAUGCAGAGUGUAUGUUAGUGUAGUGAAUGCAGAGUGUGUCAGUAUAGUAAAUGCAGAGUGUGUGUCAGUAUAGUGAAUGCAGAGAGUGUGUUAGUGUGUAGUAAAUGCAAAGUGUGUGUUAGUGUAGUGAAUGCAGAGAGUGUGUUAAUGUGUAAUGCAUGCAGAGUGUGUUAAUGUGUAGUGAAUGCAGAGAGUGUGUUAGGGUGUAGCGGAUGCAGAGUGUGUGUUAGUGUAGUGAAUGCAGAGUGUUAAUGUGUAGUGAAUGCAGAGAGUGUGUUAGUGUGUAGCGGAUGCAAAGUGUGUGUCAGUGUAGUGAAUGCAGAGAGUGUGUGUCAGUGUAGUGAAUGCAGAGUGUGUGUUAGUGUAGUGAAUGCAGACUGUGUGUUGUACUAGUGUAUGCAGUGUGUGUGUUGUGUUAGUGUAUGCAGUGUGUGUGUAAAUGUGCAAUAUGGGAGUGGGGGGGGGGAGGAAGGGGUAUUUUCACAUUAAUAUUAUAUUAAUUUAAUUAAAUAUUUAUCCCCCCUCCCUGCUUCUUACCUGUGUCCAGGGAGCGGCGAGUUUCCAUCCCUGGUGAUCCGGUGGCAUGGUGGGGCCCCCGGCUCCCUGUUACCGCAGAGGGGGCCCAGCACACUGCCUCUACUCUUCUCUUCUCGCGAGAGUUAUUAGAAGAGAGGAGAAGAGAAGAGUAGAGGCAGUGUGCUGUGCCCCCUCUGUGGUAACAGGGAGCCGGGGGGCCCGCGGCUGCACACAUAGAUAGCGAUAUUCGCAGAGAGGGAAUGUGGGGCCCGGGACUGCCAGAGCAGUCUGGGCGCCCCAGGACCGCCGGGUCCGUGACAACCAUCAUGGUUGUCACCCCCUGAUGACGGCCCUGGCUAACACUCCCAUUCAUUACAUCAGAAAACCUCCCCUCUGUGAUACAAUUAUCUCAACACAAUAGACUAACUUAAUUAUCACAGGCAGGAAAAUACAGUAUUAUAAAACAUAUUACAGGGACCCCAAAACAUGCAAUAUGUUUCUCCCAGAUCCGUUCAGUAGUUUGGAAGAUAUGGUUUAAUGCAGAUUCCGCAGAACAUAUACAGGCUAUAUGAAAAAUAAUUACUGUAUAAUGUGUCCCCUGUUGUAUAGUUUAAAACUACUGCAUGAUGUCUUUGUGCCCCAAAUACCGGCGAGAUGGCACCAUGUAGAAAAGUCAAAACAGUGUCUGUGAGUUAAAAUGGCCGCCAUCCAUUGUUCUCACCAUGUGCUUCAUCCAUUGUUCUCACCAUGUGCCUCUGAUACAUGAAAUGGUGGCCACCCAGUAACCCCACAGUUUGUCUGGUAGUCUAUCCAGCCGAACCAACAGAUGAAACACAUGGGGAACAGUGCAAUAAACGAAGGGAAUCAUAAAAAAUAUGGACAAUAGUCAUAUUUGUGCACAAUCUCCAGUUUUGUCACAGGGCACAAAUAGUGUUUUUAAAUGCCAUAUAUCCCAGGGCCAUAGUCAGAAGGUAAAACAACAAACAGUCUGAGUUCACAUAUAUAUAAGCAGAAAUUAUACUGGUUAACUGGGGUGUUUUUGUUACACGUUUUGUUACAGUUACCUUUUAGUCCUAGGUGUGACACAAUUCUACGUGCUGGAUCAAUCUGUAAUCCUGACAAAAGGGCAAUCCAAACGUGAACCCCAUGCUCAUGGUGCCUAGAGGGACAAAGGGAACUUGCUGGAAUUUCGGAUCUGGACUGCCCGUACGGGUGGGACCAGUCUGAUAUGUUUCAGAUAUGGUCUCUCUGUAAUGGCACAAGAUGAGCUGAAACCAGCUUGAGAUCUGAGCGGGGACCCACUGAAGGGCAGGCUAAUUGAGUUGUUAUCCGUUCUCACCUCUCUUACUACUUGUUUUUCUCUCCUUAGGUUAAAGGGCAAUCCAGACGUGUGCCUAGUGGGAUAUUAGCUAUACCUCACUGAUGAUACCUUACAAGGUUGAAACGAUCGUCUGGGGUUGCUGUAUCUCUCCUGCACAGGGAACUUGCUGGCAUUUCGGAUCUGGACUGCCCGUACGGGUGGGACCAGUCUGAUAUGCUUCAGAUAUGUUCUCUCUGUAAUGGCACAAGAUAAGCUGAAACCAGCUUGAGAUCUGAGCGGGGACCCACCAAAGGCAAGGCUAAUUGAGCUGUUGUCCUCUCUAGCUACUUGUUUUUCUCAACAUGUCCUCAGCUUCAUAGGUGCUACACUAUUGUAGCACCCUCCUCUAGUCUGCCGGCUCUCUGAUGUGAUUUGCCCUCCUUGGGAGCACUUUGCUCCUAUACUUUAAUAGCCAGCACAAGCAACAUUGAGUAGAUCAAGAACCGAAUGUAAGAGGUUUCUUUUUUUCUCUGUCCAUCAGAUAAAUCUAUGGCAUGCAUGUCUAUGCCGAAGAAUUGAUUGACAGGUGGGGGAGUGACCAACUUUUAGAAUGUAUGUACACCUCUAGUCCUAUGAGUGCUCUUUAUUUAAAAUGUCAUAGGGUUGAGUGUGACAUCAGGGUAGGGCUAGACUAACCCACCAUGAUACCAGGAAAUUUCCCUGUGGGCCAGCAUAUCUUUGGGCCGGUGUGCUGCCAUCUAGGGCGGGCUCACAACUCAAUCACAGGUUAGGAGGGGAAGUGCUCCCCUCUUGAUGGUCACUCCAUGUAGCAUGGCUAAGCAGACCAUGGUUAGAGGAGCUUCUAUUCCCCUACCCAGUCUCACAGGAAAUGAUCUCCAUGAGCACUGACCUGCAUCCUGUCAGACCAGGUAGGUGAACAAGCUACUUUACCCUUGGUCCACUCAACAACACUUCAAACAUCAGCAUGAAUGGAGGGGGGCACAUGAGGGAAAGAAGGAGUGAUUGAGAUACAAGGAGGGGCUGAGGAGGGUAAUGUGACAGAAUUCUUUUUCAGGGCUUCUUUUCAUUCCCAGUCUGGCCCUGCAUCAGUGCAAUACUAAGAAAACUGUAUAACAGGAAAGUUACUAUAGAGCUGAAGACUUUUUAAUCAACUGAGUAAUGCCAUCUGGAUUUUUAAUCUCUACAAUUUCUGAGUGUUUUAUCAAUGCAUAAAUGUAUAUUAAUGCAUUGGUAUUAUAUUACUUGUGUGUAUAUUAGUACACAUUCUGUUCAUUUACACAUGUAAAUGGUAAUAUAAUACAUGUAUCAAUAUAAAAGCAUAUACUCUGACAUUUUGAUACUCCUACACAAACACACACCUUCACUCACCACCUGUCACCUGCCAGGUGACAUCCCGUCACCUUAUUUCUCCUUCACGUACGAGUGUUGGCUAUUGGGAUAUGAAGUCAUGAUGCAGUCCAUCAGCCUUGGUGCAUUGUGGGAUAUUUUCCAGUUUCCCAUUCAAGCCCAAAAACUGACAGAAAAAAAGAGUACACAAUUAUAUUUAUUUGGUUAUUUGCAUACAGCUCAUAAAAUAUAAAACACUUUUCAGAAAUACAAUUCGUUAUAUCUUAUGCAAUGCUAAAAAAAACCUGCUACACCUUAUACAAUACCUCCAUGGUAGUUACUGGCACAUUAGAUUGUGAUGUAUCACAUGGCAUAAUGGUUUGGUUGUGAAGGAAUAUAAAUGUCUACUUUGUGAUGUGACAACAAUUAUAUUUUAUAUUUUUACUUAAAAUUUGUUUUAAUUUCUCAUAGGCUUCCCAAAUCUGUGCAUGGCCACACAAAUCAACUGCACUCAGCCACCUCACUGCAAAGGUUUUCCCGAAACUAUAUUUCUCAGUUCUAAAGGCUGGUUUGCUACAAAAGGACUAAUGGAAAACUACGCUCUUGCUUCUUUUUGGCAGUUUUGUCAUCACGAAAAGAGGUUUUCACAUGGUCAGAAACGCUUCACCUUGCACUGAAUUUAAAUUAAAUCUGCUGCCAACAGGAUAAUGUGUACACAGUUUGUAAUAAAGUGAAAAAUAAAAAUUGUAUUCUUUCUUAGGUUGCUUCUGAAGAUAUCCCUUACUGAGUGUAAUCUGUUU